AUUGUGUAGGUAGGUGAUUGCCAGGAACAAAUCAUUAACUAGCUGCAGUCAACAACCUCCUAAGUUUCCUUGACAGAAUAAACUGUACUUCCUCCGUGAUUCACACCCUCAAGUGUAUAUGAGCGUUAUUGGUGUUUGGGAGUGCUGCUGCUUUGAAGAUGGAUCGUUUUGAGGAAGGAAUUGAUGAAGCCCCCACUCAUCCUCUGGGGACAGGUAUGUGUCCCAGGUGAUCAGGUGGUGGAUUCCUGUGGGAUUCUGAAUUAGCUCUGUUUUGGAACCUUUAGAACGUUCAGAUUACUAUUGUGUGGUCAGUUAUAGACACCCCUGCUUGAAGUUUAUUAUAUGGUUUAUUCAGUACAGCGAAUUUUUCGUUUAAAGGAAUAUUCGACGGGCAUUUUUUUUGUUAAAUCACUAUUUAACACUCCUAAUGAAAACAUGCAUGCAUUUAUUUAUUCUUUUUUUUUUUUUUAAAUGGGGGUGUAUAUAAAAACAUUGUGCAGAAGAUGCAGGUCCCAUACUGUAGGAAUAUAUACAAAUAUUAUUUUUACAUUUUUUUUAAUUAAUCCUGUUGUAGCAGGAGUCUCAUCUGUAUUGGUAUCUUAAUUCGGCUGUAAGUAUUUUUUUUUCUUAGACUUGUCUUCUAGGUUCCUAAUAUUUGCCAUAUCCCUCUUGCAGCUUGAUUCCUUACACCUAUCAUAUAGCUUGUUUAUUUUGACUUCCUGUACUGUUUUUUGAUAUCUCAAUACAACAAUAAAGGUUGACAAAAAGAGUAUUCCAAUUAAGAGACAAUUUCUCUGUUUUUUUUAUUUUCUAUUUUUUUUUCUUUUUUAUUCACUACAAUUGACUAUUCUGUGAAUAAACCUAUAAAUUAAAAUGAUGGGUUUUCUUCCCUGUUCUAUCACUGGGGGACUUUGUUGACACAAAGCUAAACAUUGCACCUACUUAUAUACCACUUCACUAUUGGAAGCAAGUAUAAACAUUUUUUUUGGUUCAUGUAUUUUGCAGGAUUACCUGUAGUCCAUAAAGUCUCACUCACCUUCACUUAUACUCUAUAAAUGAUGACCACCCUGUAGAGGAAUUAAUUUCUCUACUAGACGCCACUGGCCACUGUUUCAAUUCCUGCAAGUUUGCUUAAAAUUCUCACACCCAUGUUUUCAAAUAGUAAAGGAAGUUUCAUUGGUUCAUGUCAUUCCUAUUCAUUUGGGCUAUUCAAGUUUUGAUCACAACAGCAGUCAAUGUCUUCUCUCAAUAGAUAAUCAAUAGAUAAUCAAUCACCAACAAAGGAGAAGAGAAUAUUUUAUUGAUUAUAUAUUUAAAUAGAGAGAUAGACAAGUUUCCUUGAAUUUGUGUUGCUAAUUAUGCAAAUAACUGUCCAUGCAGUAAACAACUUGCAAGCAGGCAUAAUAAAGUUUAUUUUGGGUGUGUUGUUUUAGCUAAGUCUAUGGCAACCUGGGACCUAAAUGCAUAACUGUUACACAAUUAGUUUGUGUCUGCCCUUAAUAAACUCACAAGAAUCCUAAAUGCAUUGUCUAAGGGUGAAGCAAUUUCUUUUGACUCAAUAUUGGCAAUCAUGGCAUAUACCAGAAUAUUUGCUUUGCUAUAAAAUCAGUCAAAUCUUUGCUUUUUAAAACAUAUCUGACACCACAUAGCAUCUCUAGACAGAAAAUAAACAUCUAUGUUCCAACUAUGGAGAACCCAUUCCUCUGCCUUAGGUAAAAUCUCCUUUCAUCAAGUCUCAAUAGAUGAUCUUGUCACAUGUACAGUUCUCUUAAUGAGCAGAUCAUCAAAUACUUAUUUACUGCAGUGUCUGCAUGUAUUUGUUUAACAUUUACCCUAUGAGACAGUUUUUAAUGUGACACUUCAGUCCCGUAAGCACUUCAGAACUUCAGGCAUAUGUUAUAAAAGUGCAAAUUUCAAGACAAAAUGUCACUUUCAUGAACAAACAGGAAAUGUUCCUGCCUCACCAGCUUUAAACUACCAGUCAAAGAGAAAGUGAUUACACACACAGGAAAUAGGAACAGCAACAUACAUGCAUACUGACAUUGCAUAGACACAUAAAUACCAAUAUAAAUAAAUAAAAUAACAUUACAUGCAAAUAGGAACAUGGACAUAUAAAUAUACUUACGAUGCAAACAAAACACACAUAGGAACACAAACAUAUACAAAAUUGUGCACAAAGGAACACUAACACACAUUCACAUUCACUGGCAAUGCACACUCAGAAGCUCUAAAACACAUUGGCACUCUUCACACAAUGCACAGUCAAUGACACCACAAAGAGAGACAGACAUUCACAGAAACUCUUACAUUCAUUAAUACUCCACAAACUCCAUAUUUUUGUUUAUUCAAAAAGCCGUUUAACAUUAAUGGUCACUCUUAGAUAAUCACAAAAUGUAACUAUGUAGUAAGGGUUUUAUUUACUAAAUUGUAAAUUGAUUGGUAAACAGAAAAGUCCGAUUUUUUCCUGGAUCACCUAGUGGUUACUCCAUAUAAUAACUGUUAUAUGCUUAAAACAUAAUUUUUCUCAAAAAUGCAAGCAAGCAUUGUUUCAGAUCUGUACAGCAUCUGAUGAAACAACCUCUUUAAAGGGUUACUCAAACGACCAUAACCACUUCAGUGAUUUGUCUGUGCAGUAUUUCAGCUUGAAACACUGCACAAACUGAGUAAUUUUAUACUAACACACUUGUGUGCCAGGUGCUAGUUACUCCCAAGACACACGUGACUAAGGCAGCCUGGAAUUCUGUUCUGAGCUUCCUACUGUUAAUUCUAUGCAUAAAAUACGUCCGGUGUCAGCAUGCACAGCACCCUAGCAACAUAUGUAUAGUGCUUCCCCUCCUACCCUUGUCACCCUACUCCUUCCCUCUCCCCAACCCCUCACCGGCUCAGAUUGCGAGCAUGCACUCCGAGCCGGUGAUAUAGUACAAUCUAUGAGAAACUUGUGAUUGGAUUGCGUGCGGUCCUGGCUGAUGUCAGGAAGAGACGUGGAAUGCAGCGCUGGCAGCUUUGCCCGGCAUUGGAUUCCAGGUAAGUUUAAAGCAAGGGGAGUGGGGAGGGAACCUACCGAAUAGUGGUGUAUAGUUUAUGCCCCUGCAGUUUCACUGCUCAAUUAUCAGACAUUUAGGAGUUAAAUCACUUAGUUUACGCAGUCCUAGCCACACCUUCCUUGCAUGUGACCUACACAUUCUGCCUACACAUUUCUGGUAAAGAGAGGUCUUAUAUUUAAACUUCCUUUAUUGCACAUUCUGUUUAAUUUAGAAUGUCUUAUCCUAUGGUCUGUAAAUUGCCUGCUAGAGCCCGCAGUGGCCUCCUGUCUGUGAUUAAAGUUCAAUGAACAAAGCAGGAGAUAAAAACUUCUAAAUUAAGUAAGAUAAAUGGAAGCUGUGUGAGUAACAGCUAGGGGGAGGUGUGGCUAGAGUUGCAUCAACAGAAACAGAAGUGAUUUAACUCCUAAAUGACAGUAAAUUUAGCAGUGAGACUGUAGGGGCAUGAUCUAUACACAAAUAAAAUGCUUCAUUAAGUUAAAUUUGUUUUGGUAACUAUAGUAUACAUUUAACCUAAAUGUAUGGAUGUGCAGCAACUUGUUUAUGUAGUCUAAUCCUGACUUCUAGACACUGCCUGCACAGCAGAUGUCAUUAGUGAAACUAUUUUUUUUUUUUUUUUACUAUAUUGUUUAAUUUUUAGGAUUAUCAUGGCAAAAGCAAGAAUCCCCCGAUUUAAACCAGUUUCCAAAUAGUGCCUCUCUCCGUUACCGUGGCAAUGAAGCUCCGGAGAAGAAUGCUGUGCCACGAGAGACACUGUAUCAAAACUGGAUGGAUGAAUUGCUGCAGGAUGAGAACAAGUCUAUAAAAGACCUAUAUUGCCCCAUGAAAACUAAGAGGGAAUUAAGGUAAGGUACCGUAUAUACUCGAGUAUAAGUCGACCCGAAUAUAAGUUGAGACCCCUAGUUUUACCCCAAAAAACUGGGAAAACUUAUUGACUCGAGUAUAAGACUAGGGUGGGAAAUGCAGCAGCUACUGGUAAAUUUCUAAAUAAAAUUAUAUCCCCCAAAAAUUAUAUUAAUUGAAUAUUUAUUUACAUUGUGUGUAUAUAAUGAAUGCAGUGUGUGUAUAUAAUGCAGUGUGUUUGUAUGAAUACGGUGUGUGUGUGUGUGUAUGAAUGCAGUGUGUGUGUGUGAUGCAGAGCCUCGGUGGGGGGGGGGCAUUUUUUUGUUUUUAAUUAUUGUUAUUUUAAUAUUAUUAUUUUUUUGUUAUAUUAUUAAUAUUUUAUUUUUAUUAUUAUUAUUUUAUUAAUAUUAUUAAUAUUUUAUUUUAAUUUUAUUAUUAUUUAAAUUUGUAUUUAUUUUUAUUCGUCCCCACUCCCUGCUUGAUACAUGGCCAGGGAGGGGGGCUCUCAUUCCCUGGUGGUCCAGUGGAUGGGCUGUGUAGGAGGGGGGCUGGCAGCGAGCUGUAACUUACCUUUCCUGCAGCUCCUGUCAGCUCCCUUCUGUCUCCUCCGGUCCGGUCAGCUCCCCUGUCAGCUCCACUGUAAGUCUCGCAGUUGCCACGGUAACCCACGGCUCUCAUGAGACUUACAGUGGAGCUGACAGGGGAGCUGACCAGACCGGAGGAGAAGGGAGCUGACAGGAGCUACAGGAAAGGUAAGUUACAGCUCUCUGCCAGCCCCCAACAGGGGCAAUGUAAGUUGCCAUAAUACAGACCUUGACUCGAGUAUAAGUCGAGUGAGGGUUUUUCAGCACAAAAAAUGUGCCAAAAAACUCAUAUACUCGAGUAUAUACGGUAUCUAUAAACCUUUAACAAGCUGCAUUAGAUGUGUGUGGUUUUUGAUCCAAAUAAAGUUGAUCGCCGAUCUCUAUUCUAAGCACCACAUAAUGUAUCUGUUUGGUGAGUCCGUCCUUCCAAUUUUGCAAUAAAAUGCAUUGAACAUUCCCCAGCAUAGCUGAAUUAUACAAUAUUUUAUUAUUAUACAAUAAAAGAUAUAAGUGACUUCGACAAGGCCCAAAUAGUGAUGGCUAGACUACUGGGUCAGAGCAUCUCCAAAAUGGCAAGUCUUUUGGGUCGUUCUCGGUAUGCAGUGGUUAGUGCCUACCAGAAGUGGUGCAAGGAAGGACAACCAGUAAACCGGGGUAGAGUCAUUGAUGUUUAUCAGGAGUAAGAGCUAUCCAAACUGGUAAUACAGAAGAGCUACUGUAGCCCAAAUUGCUGAAAAGAAUAAUUCUGGCCAAGAUAAAAAAGUGUCUGAACACACAGUGUAUAACGGUUUGCUGCGUAUGAGACUGCAUAGCUGCAGACGGCACAAUACACAAUGUAUUACAGUUGGCUGCGUAUGAGACUGUGUAGCUGCAGACCGGACGGGGUGCCCAUUAAAGCUUCCUGUCCACCACCGACAGCACCUGGAAAUAUGAGCAUCAAAACUGGACCAUGGAGCAAUUGAAGACGGUUGCCUGGUUUGAUGGAUUAUGUUUUCUUUUAGAUCAGGUGGGUGGAUGUGCAUUGUUUACCUGGGGAAGCAGGAUGCACAAUGGGAAGAAGGCAUGCCGGUGGAGGCAGUGUAAUGCUCUGGGCAAUGUUCUGCUGGGAAACCUUGGGUCCUGGCAUUUAUGUGGAUGUUACUUUGACACGUACCACCUACCACUACACUCCUUUAUGGUAAUGAUGUCCCCUGAUAUUAGUAGCCUCUUUCCACUGGAUAAUGCAUCCUGCCACACUGCAAAACAGUUCAGGAACGGUUUGAAGAAGUACAUAACUCUUAUUUUAAGUACAUGCGAUUGUCUCAAAGGAACUUUUUUAAUGUGGUUCAUAAAGGCAGGCCUAUAAAAUUUAGACUAGGUACACAGCGUUGGAAAAACCUUUUCUUAGAGGUUAUUUCUUUUUUGCUUUUCGGCUAUGAAGUUAUUCAUUAAAUGUAAAAAAAAAAAAGAUGUGUAAGAAAGUGGUAAUGUUUAGUUUUCUGUCGAAAAUCACCGAUCUAGAAUUGGUUUUCUAGUGUCUGCAAUAGAAUAGCAAUUAAUCUAGUCUUUUGAGAUAGAAGCAGAAUGCUGUAGUAUUCUAAAUUGGGUCUUACGGGGAAAUGAGCCAGUGAGUUAAAAUAGUCCCAAAUUUGUUACCAUAAGGUUUAGAUAAAUGGACAUGCCUACAGUCAGUCUUACUGGUCUACCCCCGCAGUUCCUCAUGUUAAGGACGUUUUUGGAUGGGAUAUGGGUUGUUACUGGUUAUUUGAUGUUAUUAAAGGCACACAUUGGAGUAAAGGAAUAUGUUGUAUUGCAUCUUUAGGUACAUCACAAAUUAUAUAAUUUUACACUAGUAAUUCAUGAAGUGGUUUGGGUGCAGUGGCUCCUUAGAUUUACCCUGGAAAGUUUUGUAGAAAUAGCAAUGUUUCCAUAUUUGGGUUAAACAUACCUCUGCAUGGCUGUCUUCCUGACAGACUUGGUUGUCAACCAAAUGUGGCUCCCAAUGCUUCGAUAUCAUCAAUCUUGAUCAUCUCAGACAGACAGACGGAGCAGCUACAGUGAGGGAAGUGACAAUUCUAGUUAAACCCGAGCAGGUUUUGAUUAAAAAAUAUCAGCAUAAUAAUUAAUUUGCAGCAAGGGAUGCAUACCUAGCAUUUUUGUGCAUUGAUUGCUUUUCAGGCAAAGUUAAAAAUUACUCUAGAUAUUUUCAAUAUACAAAUACUAGUGGAAAGGGUAAUAUCUUUUGUAUAUGUAUUUUUACUUUGUUUUAUUUAAAUUAAUUUCACCUUGCUGUGGUGUAUAUUUAUUUAUAUUAUAAACUUACAAAUUUAACUUGCACAACAUUUAUUUUUCAUUUUCUAAAAAUAUUUGGGAAAUUAAAUCUUUAGACAGUAUACAGUGCCCUUUAUCUUGAAAUGUUUCACACCUGGUCUGAAAUGUUAGUAUAAAAGCGAAAAUGCUAUUUUUGUCACAUACUGUAGAUGUUUAAUUUUUUUUUAAAUGUUCAGAUACCUUGCUUGUAGGUGUUUGUAAGGUCCCUGGAGGCAUUACUAGCUGUACAACUUACUGAAAAUAGCAACAGGUUGUAAGUUGGAUGUCUGCAUAUGAGUAUAAUGUCCACGUACAAUAUAUGCAGUUAAAUCACAUAUUUCACAUAUUACAUAUUUCUAAAAGAAAGAUAUUUAAAACUGCUAUAGCAAUCUUUCUCAAUCUCUGGACUGCUAAUGUUAUGCUCAAACGCGACUCCAAGAACAAUAUAUAGAAGGGGGCACAUAAGAUAGAACAGUCAAAACGUAAUAAAUAUACACACAAACAUAUUUUAAGGUGGAAAGUGCCAUGUCUGCAAAAAUCAGAGUAAAACCCGUACUAUGGGGGUUAUUCAAAGAGCUCCAGUGUUUGUUGGAUACAAUGGCAUUUCAUGUAUAGAAACUCAAUCAACGGAAGGAGAAAUUUAUCAGUGAAGCUUCACCUGCCAUUGUUUGGAUUUACCUUUUGUGAUAUACCGCAGUUUGUCUCGGUGGCACCUGUACAACCCAUUUGUGUGACGUUUAAGGCAUUCGUUAUGCACCAUAACAAACUUUCUAGAGUGGUUAUAGACAAAGUGAAACUGUCCCUGUAGUCCCAGCAGCCUGUAAUCAUAGAGCAAGAGAAUUAUGUUAUGAUUAUCAGUUACCUUUCAGGCCGAUUGAAGAUAACCUGUGGCGAUAUUAUGUACAUUUUUAUUUUUGAAAAAAUACUAACAGUGAAAUGGUAGAGUCCAUUAACUACUCUUUCACCUGCUUUCUGACUGUAGGAAUGAUAUCACUCAUUGAAACGUCCUGUACUGUUUGAAAGCAAGGGAUUACAUUUCAGCAACUUUGCAGGCAUUAUAUCAUUGACUAAUGGUUUCUGGCAGAGACAUUCAUAAUCUACCAGCUGGCAAUCAUAAGUAGAGUGUAAAUGAGGGUGAGUGAGGCUUUAUGGAUUAGAUUUCAUACUGUAAAAUACAUGAAAAUUAAAAACGUUUAUAAUCAAGUUUGGCAUUAAGUGGUUAUCAUUUUUUAACAAUAGAUUUUAUAAAAAUUAUAGUAAUUAUAUUAUAACCAGAAAAGUGGUCUGUUUCAAUUAUCUUUUUGUCUGCCAAUCUAAAUAUAGCAGUCUUCUAAAAUGGACAUUUUCUAUAGUGGAAAAUUCUUGUGCUAAAAUAUUAGCAUAGCAUUUAUUCUAAGCAAGGGAUGCAUAGCUAGCAUAUAUACAUCACAAUACAGCAGUUUUGGCUAUAGAUUGCUUUGCAUACACAAUUAAAAUUAUGUAAAUUUACACCAUUUUUAUUCUUAACUUUUUUUAAAUCUUUUAUAAAAAAAAUAUUUGGGAAAUUAAAUGCUUUACAUAGUAUACAUCCAUUUUACAAUACAUCACACAGCGUCUGAAAUGUUAGUAUAAAAGCAAAAAUGCUAUUUUUCCCACAUACAGUACGCGUGACAAAAAUAUAUAAAUAAAAAUGGUCAAAUACCUUGCUUAUAGAUAUUUGUAAGGACCCUGAAGGCUUUACUAGCAGUACAGCUUACAGAAAAUUGCAAGAUAAUGUAAAAAAAGAAUGUGUAUAAAUGAGGGUGAGUGGGGCUUUGUGAACUAGAUUUCAUAUUGUAAAAUACAUAAAAACAAAAACAUUUGUGUUGCAAUGUCAAGGAGUGAGAGAUGCCCCAUCCAAUUCACAGUCCCUGUCAUUGGUGUCGUCCCAUAAAAAAAGGUUGAGACUGAGGAUAGGACAUGGAUGGUGUGGAAUUGAUGUUGGCUACGAGUAGAUUGCUCAGUGGAUUACCCUUGUCCUUGUCAGUGUGACAUGAAUUGAGAGAAGAGUAUAGCUACAGACUUAGAAUUAAAACAAACAAAAUAUACUGGCAAGGGUGGAUAUUUUUAUUUGAAUUCCAUGUAAGUAAUGUUCUUACUUGGUGUCCACCCUACCUUCGCUACGUCUUAUGAAGAGCCAGAAUCUCUUUGUUGGAGCAAAGCAAGGCAGGGCUUUGUUCAAUCGAUUAGAGCGAUCAGAUGAUGCUUUCAGCCAAUGUGCUAGCCUAGUACUGCAUGGCUUUGACCAAGAGAACUAAUGAAAGCUUCUGGCUCUCUAUAGGGAGUAGUGAAGGCAGGGAGAAUAGAGGGCAUUCUGGCUUCAGAACCAAAGGUAGUUCAUACUAUUUAUGAAAAUGCAAUGUGUGAGCAAAGCUUAAAAAUGUGGAACAGGAAUAUUUAUUUUAAAUAAAAUUUUCAAAUUAAGAAAAAAAUAUAUGUCAUAUGCAGAUGUUUUUUUUUCUGUGGGGGUCAGUGGAACAAGAACUUCUGGUGAAAAAAAACAUUGUUUAUGAGUGUGUUGGAUGGUAAUGGUGAUAAUGUAGAAUCCGUCUUGUGUAAGGAAUGUGUAGCGAAGAGCCCAGUUGAAUUAGAUUUUCACACCUUUUCACCUAAAAUGAAGACACACUGCUGGAUCCAAGUUACCUUUAUUAUUAUGUUCAGCCACUUGUUUGCUAUAAAAUUUGUCUGUACAAAAUUACAGUUAGCAUUUAUUGGUUUCUCUGCUCAGGAAGAAACAAGAAAGGAUGAUUGCAAAGAAGACUGGAUGGCAGUCCUGGAAAGAAGAUAGGCAGAGAUCUUUUAGAAAGUUUAAGAGCGAAACAUCUGAGACUUUACAAUACAUGGAAGUCUGGAGAAGCACAUUACAAAGUAUUGAAGGUACGCCAGGAUUUACGGAUGUAUUGAAGCUAAGGCUGUGAAACAUCAUGUAAUUGAAUUUCAUAUGAAGUUGUGCUAGUAUUUUUAGACCUCAUUGUAGUAAUGGUUCUUUUUCACAAGGCACUAAUAUUGAUACCUAAUGUUUAAAGGGCCACUAGUUUAUUUAAUACUUUGACUCCAGGUAAGUGUGUGUGUGUGUGUGUGUGGUGGUGGGGAGUGGAAGGAUGUAAAAUGUAUGUGCUUAGCAAAUGACGCAAUCCUUUCUCCACCCUGUGGCAAUCAAUACUACAAAGGGCUCAGCUUUUGAAGUUUCCUCCAAGAAUGCCUAGUUGGCCAGUUCCCUGUUCUGAAUACCGAUACGGCAAGAGGAUUCCCAGUCCCUUUAGCCCUAAUUUAAAACAAGCACUACCCAGUAUAGGAUAUCCUAGUCCCAAAAGUUAACCCACUUGAACCCAACCCAGUCCUGUGUCUAUAGUUCCCAAAGCCCUUAGCCACCAAUCUUCACAAACACUGCCAACCAUCUCCCUCCUGUUCCUGACCAUCCCACCAGAUGUCCAGGAUCAUAAUUAAAACAAAAGGGAAAUACAUAAAUAAGAUAAAAAGAAAAAGAAAAAAUAUAUAAUAAUGUUUUCUUAUGUUCUUACAUUUCGAUAAAAAUCUAGCCUUGAAUUGCAAUUCAAUGAUUUAAUGUAUUCACCAAUGUAAACUGCCUAUUUAGUGUAGUGUAUAUCAUAUGCAUAUAUAUGUAACUGUGAUACCGCAGGUUCUUUGAAAUAAAAUAAUUUAAAAAAAAAAACAACUAUCCAGAGAUUCCAGGCCCUCCUGAUUGUUUCCAUGGUGUUUUAAUAGCUUAGAACUAUUUAUUUAGAAGGAGCACAUAUUCCUCUGUCUACUUGCAGAACCUUCAAUGCACUAUGAUUGGUUGUGCUUGAAAGCCAGUAAAUCACAGUUCAUCUUCAGGCAUGUCUAACCCCUGACAAUCUUGUGUCUUGUUGUCUUGUGACAAGAGUAGGUGACGUUUAAAAGCGUCUCCCCUGAUUAUUUUUUGCAAAUUGUAAAUGUUAGCUAAGCUAAUUGGAAAAAUUCUCAGCUAUUUUGAACCUCAGCUGUUUUUGCCUAAUAUUCGCUAAUCCCCUGUUUAGUAAAUAUAAAGUAGAUAUGCAUAUACAGGUAGAUAAUUUAUUCCAAAAAUGUAAAUAUGUAAAUAUUGCAAAUGACAAAAGAAUAUAAAAGCUAAAUAAGGCCACGGUAUCGAGAUAGGAUGAAAAAUAUAGAUUAAAAAGUGAAUUACGUGUUUAAUUUCCUUCAAGUAAACAGACAUAACAGACAUUAAAAAUUCUGUCUUUCCUACUCUACCAGCGGUAACUGGAGAUUGUAGAAAGUUACAAUCUAUGUCAUGUCUUAUUAGAGUGCAAUAUAAUCCUUUCUAAAAUUAGCCGUGACACUUUUGUCCGUUUCCUGGAACUAUUGCAUUUGUCAAAAUAUGCAAAAUUAUUUUUAUAUAGUAUAUAUAGCAACUACCAUCAGUUACUGCUUUAACCCCUUAAGGACACAUGACAUGUGUGACAUGUCAUGAUUCCCUUUUAUUCCAGAAGUUUGGUCCUUAAGGGGUUAAAUAUGUGUUAAAAUAAGCCAAGGUUCAAUUUCCAUACUGGCUGCUAAACUUGUUUUUCAUUUCUUUUGUAACACAAUGGCUGUUGUGCAAAUAAUAACUUUUCACACAUUUUCUUGUUUGUUUUCUUCGUGCAUUUGUUAGCCAAAUUGCUAGUGAAUGUGCAGAUCAAAAGUUAUUUAUUAUUUUAUAUGACCUUCUUGUGCUUUACAGUUGUGUGAAUGUAGUCACCAAAACAACUUUAGCUUAAUGAAGCGGUUUUGGUGUAUAGUUUAUGCUCCUGCAGUCUCACUGCUCAAUUCUCUGCCAUUUAAUGUCACUUUGUUUAUGCAGUCCUACUCACACCUUUCUUACACAGCCUUCCUAAACACUUCCUGUAAAGAGUCAUCUAAUAUUUACACUUCCUAUAUUGCAAAUUGUGUUUAAAUUAACAUUUCUUAUCUCCUUCUCUGUUAAUAGCUUGCUAGACCCUGCAAGAGCCUUUUGUAUGUAAGUAAAGUUCAAUUUACAGAACAGGAGAUAAAAAAACCCAUCUGAUUUAACUCCUAAAUGGCAGAUAAUUGAGCAGUGAGACUUUAGAGGCAUUAUCUAUACACAAAAACUGCCUCUAUAAGCUAAAGUUGUUUUGGUAACUAUAGUGUCCCUUUAAUGAUAGCCCAUUGAUAGUUGCUAAAUACCUCAAACCGCUAUAGAGGGAUAUUUUCAUUUUCACGGUUGGGGCAAUUUCAAAAAAUGGUUAAGUGACAUGAUCUAUUAAAGUAACAUUUAAAAAAAAAAAAAAGGUAAUUAAGAGAAAGACUAAAUUAUCUUCUUUUAUAUGCUUUAAAAUGGCACUCUGGCUUAAACCUGUAUAUACAUCUCACAUUUGGAGCUGCUAGAACAUAACAGCAGUGCAACUGGAUUAAAAUAAGGACUGCCUCUCUUAACAAAGGACACUUGGGUUGUAUGUCUCUACCACAUGCUUUAUUUUAAAAAUAUUUUGUUUUCUUACAGGACACUUUGGGACAGGCAUUGAGUCAUAUUUCAGCUUUCUCAGAUUCCUGGUUUUAAUGAAUUUUGUCACCUUCCUCCUUGUUGGAGGUUUCAUUGUCCUCCCCAGCAUUAUAUUUAAUGAAUUACCUCCGACAAGCAUAAAUGGUGAGUCUGUUUCUAACAAUACCAAUUGUCACUGCUCUGUACUGUGCCAGCAAAUACACAUAGGAUAGAUACCUCAUACCAGAUUGUAAGAUGAAUAGAGGAGCAUUGGAACCAUAGGCGCAUUUGCGGUGCUUGUCGUGAUGCACCUAUGAUGCUGCCACAAAGAAUCAUUAUGCAGUGAUUCCCUAUGGCAGACUAUGAUGGCACUGCUCACGAGCGGCUGGGUGCUAGGUUCACAGAAUGCUAGUAUAAAAGAGUUUGGAAGUAACGAUGCCGACUGUUAUACACAGAGGACUGCUACUAAUCUCCAUGUUUCUUCUAGCGUAUGAUAAAUGCACCAUGCAGGGAGACAUUUGGAUUGAGCUCCACCCGGCUAAAUGUGAACUAUGAUUGGAAAAUCUUUAAACUCCCUCAGUGUAAAAUGCCAAUCCUUUAAAACAUCAAUGUCCUUUGUACCUAUAACUCGUUAUUUGAAUUGGCUGAUCUUUCAGUCUAACGUCAGUUUCAUUAAUGAUUACAAUGAUACAUAAAGUGUCACAUCACUUAUUCAUCAUGUUUAAUAAUAAUAAACUGUGAUGUCAUUAAAUUAAAUCUCAUAUUACAGAAUUCUUAGACAGCCCCACAGCACCAUAAGCCCCCUCCCAAGAAAACACAGUAAGAAAAUAUUUUACAGUAAGAAAAUAUUUUACUAAAUUUUAUGUGUAGAAUUUCAAUCCUUAAAGCGAUACUCAAAGCUUCAUAACAACUACAGCUAAUUGUGCUGGUUAUAGUGCUAGGAUGCUUUGGGUGCAGUUUUUAAUGGUUUUUAACGGUUUAGCAGAUAUACCCUGAAGUAAAACAUGUAUGUAGUUUGUUUUCCAUGAUUCUUUGGACGGAUAUAAAAUCUUGGCUAGCAGCUAUUGCAGACCCUUCCUUUGUUCAAUGGCAGAGACGAGCAAGUUCAGUCAGCGGCCUCUCAUAGAAGCCACUCGUGUCUGUGUCUGCCCAAUCACACAUGGUUAUUUACUGAUAUAAGAAUUGUUAGAAAUUAUCAGUUAAUUCCAACUGGAUGUCAAAUGAAAAGCCCAAAAUAGCUGAACUGGAAACAUAGCUGACUUGGAGAAUUUUUUUCAGUUCAGCUAUUUUGGCUUUAAAGGAACACUAUAGGGUCGGGAACACAAACAUGUAUUCCUGACCCUAUAGUGUUAAGACCACCAUCUACCCCUCCUGGCCUCCACUUGCCUUCCCUAAAUAUAGGGAGGGCAAUAUCUUACCUUUAUUCUGCUACUGCUGCUGCUGGUUCUGCCCCUGAUCUGCCUGCUUGGCUGACAUCAUCAGAAGUUGUGUUCUGAUCCAAUCACAAUGCUUUCACAUAUGAAAGCAUUGAAUUUGCUGAGCUUGUCAAGGAGGCAGAUCAGAGGCAGAGCCAGCACAAGCCAAACACAGCCCUGGCCAAUCAGCAUCUCCUCAUAGAGAUGAAUUGAAUCAAUGCAUCACUAUAAGGAAAGUUCAUUGUCUUCAUGCACACUGUGCAGCUUUGCCCCAGGAAGCACCUCUAGCAGCCAUCUGAGGAGUGGCCAGUGGAGAUAUCCCUAGGCUGUUAAAUAAACACUGCAUUUUCUCUCAAAAGACAGUGUUUACUGCAAAAAGCCUGAAGGGAAUGAUUAUACUCUUUAGAACAAAUACAAUAAGCUAUAGUUGUUCUGGUGACUAUAAUGUCCCUUUAAACUUGAUAUUCACUUGGAAUUCCCGAUACUUUAAUAAAUAACCCUGACAGCUCAUUGAAUAGUCUUUCAAAGGCAGGAAUUAUGUGAAAACAUAUGCUUUUGAGGCUAGCUCUAUGGAGCUAAGCAGCCAUGAAGAAAUACCUCCCGCUGACGGACAGCCAGGGCCACACCCCCACUCACACCCCUGAAAAUAAAGUGUUCACUCUUUGCCCAUUUGAAAUAUUGUCUCUCAGCUUCUUUCCCUCCAUGUUCUUUUCUCCUAAUAUUUCAGAUGGACAAAGAGGGACACUUUAAUUUUAGAAGUGUGAGUGGGGGUGUGACCAGGAGUGGUGCUUUUCUGAGAAAUUUUAGAUGACUUAUUAAUAACAAUUUAUGCAACUAAAAUGUAAUUUGUAUCAGCCACAGUGUAUCUUAUUUACACAGACUGAAUUCUAAACACAUAUAUUGUAGUUUAAAGACACAUUGCUGUAAUUAUUAUUGAUGUGGAGCUCUGUUAUACCCUCAAACACAUCAACAAUAUGGGGUAUGAAAAAACUGAUGAGUAUAAGUGCUCAAUAUCUAUAAUUAGCAGCAGCUUAUACACUCAGACACAUAAAAAUAUGGAGCUCCUAGAAAAGAGGGAUAUUAGGUCAGAAAAGAGGAACAGAGGGAUUUGGGCCCAAAAUAGGGACUAUCCGUCCUAAAUAGGGACACUUGGGAGGUAUGCAUGUCUCUCUCCACUAUUUAUAAUUUCCGCGUCUUUCCCUUCCUCUAUUAUCUCUCCCUUAAACCAUUGUGUGUCUGACAGUUUUGUGUCUGUUACUAUGACCCCUGCAAUUUUGUGACAUGCAGGGAAUCCAUGUUGUGUGCAACUGUUGCUGUAUUCCCUUGUUGCUAUAGGGAAGUAUAAUUUUUAUUGUUUCAUGGAGGUAUUAAUAUUGUGUUUACUGCAGUCAUGCGUGAUAAUUAUAUUGAGCAAUUACAUAUCCAUAUAAAUGUGCCGAGCUCCACAGAUAACUCUGGUAUUUACCUGUGAUGUAAUACUGUAUAAUUAUCUUGUUUAUGUGGAGUUAAUUACACAUUCACAACAAGGUUAGAAAAUAAGCCAUUGUUAUAUCUCUCUAUAACCAGUGCUGCCACAAUCCGCUUCACUCUGUCUUCUUCCACUCUACCCUACAUUAGAUACAUGUCAAUGUCGUUACUUCACUUCCUCCUACACUAUAGGUGGUCCUCACGUAACAACCUACCUGUUUUAUGAUGGAUCACACUUACGACCGGCUCUUUAGCAUGGGGAUUCAAGGGAUUCCCCAUGUUAGAGAGCUGGUCUAUGUUCAGGGAAUGUUCCCCGAACAUAGAUUUGAGGGAUUCCCUGCUCUGAUGCGUUUGUCUACGUUCGGGUAAAUUUCCUUGAACAUAGCCCUGCACUGAUGCGCAUGCUCCGUAGCGCAUCCUCACUUACCGACCAAUUCGUUUUACGACCGAGUCGUAAGAACAGAACCCAGUCGGUAAGUGAGGAGAGCCUAUUUCUGAGACUGACUAGGCCACAGUUCACCUAUUGUGUCAACUGUUUCUUUGUUUGUGAAUUACCUGCUGUUUUAUUUUCCUUUUUUUUAUUGUAAAGCACUGUGCAAUGUGUUUGUGCUAAAUAUAUGAUAAAUUAAAAUAAAAGAUCAGUGAUCUAGCAAAUAGAUAGAGAGUCCAUUAUGCUACAGCAAUGAAGGUGAGCUUAUUACCACAACUACUCCCACUGUCCCAGGACAGUCCCUAUUUCAGGGGUUCAGGACACCAGUGUACAGUUAUCAGCCAGCAUAGUAUGAGCACAUCAUUAAAUGGCCGAGCAUGGUGCUGAGGGUUCUUAAACCAUGCAGUGAGUAGUGCUGUCUGCAUGGACUGCUGUGUGUGGCGCUGGCCGGGGGACUGUCAGUGUGCGUUGACACUAGGCUGAUGUCCGGGCUGAUACUCCUCAUGUGUGGGCAGAUUCACACCUUUGCCCCCUUUCCAGGUAGACCUGCUUAUUUUGAGAGUAUCCAAUGAUUCAAAUUCUGUCUCUGGCACACACCCCAUUGCACCCACCUUGUCCUGAUCACAUACCUCCUAAAGUGGGGAGGUAUUCGGACUGUAAGGUCACUUACUAGAACUGACACUCCUGCAUCAACUUUGUCGCAUUUUCAUCUUUCCUGACACAAUCGUCUUGCUAUAAGACCCAGCUCACAUUUUCUGGCCAUGUUUCUACUUAAUUGACACAAGAUGCUUCUAACGCACCUUUCUUUUACAAUUCUUUUUUUUUUCUCUUUGCUCCUUUUUGCCACAUUGUUGGCAUUGUGAAUGUGUCUAAAUACAGAAUUGAUUGAGACUAGUGUCCCAUCGUGUUUUCCAAUGUUUAAGUGCAUUUUAUUAUGUUCUUUAAUCGUGAUUCUUGCAUUUUGGUUUCUGUGACCUAGUUAUAAGGUUCUUGUUCUGACCUCAGUAUUAUUUUUAGCUCUCUUAGUUCUGUUACUUCCUAUUCUAAGCCCAGCCACUUUAAGAUCCAGUAAAAUGCCUGUUUUUCACUCUUACUGAGUUAUAUCUUGCUAAGUAUCCCCUCCAAUUUUUCUCACAUGUGUACAGUAUAAGAAAAUUAACAAGAGCCACUGAAAGCUGUGGUGGCAGGUGGCGUUUUCAGCUAGUUCAGCUGGGGUCGCAGGCAUGAUGUGAAACAAUCAAUAAACACUUAAUGGUAUUUCAAAUACUCUGGCCCUAUUUGCUGUGCUUUAUGGUGGUUUCUGUUCUCGGUACCCGUUAGUGCGUUCUUUGAUAUAUUGUGAUUUUUUGGUAUUGACCUUGGCUUUGUUCUUGAUCCUGAGUUUCUCUUGCCUUGGUUAGAUGUUUUUUUUUUGUUUGUUUUUUAAUAUACCGUGUACGUGAGGGAUACUGUUGUGUUAGGAAUACAGUUUUGAGUAAACAUUUUAGUACAAUUAAACAUUUAAUUUUAUGAGUUAUAUUUAGUACUAGUAAACAUGUUAGUACAAUUUCUAUAUAUACAGAGUAUCAGACAAAGUGCUACCUGGCAGGCAGUUCCUGUCUGGAUGAGAAUGCAUUGGAGAGCUGUCAGCAGGGAAGAGAGUGAAGGAGUGUCUCAAAGCAUGGAGUAGAAGCACCAGGCUUAAACAAUGCAGCAAUCAUGGGGCCAAAAUGGAGGCUGCCUCAGGGGAAGUUGAGUACUGAUAACUUCACCCCCUAUGACAGCUCAGUAGGCAGGCCUGUGUUUUAUUGCAGCAUAAUUGCUGCCCAAACAGGAUACAUUAAGAAGAACUGGUGGCUGUCAGAUAGCCCAUGCUAGUGAUUCACGCAACUUUGCACAGGAUUUAAGCUUAUUUUGGGGAAAAAUACUGUAUAUAGUUUGAUUUACUAUUAUUGUUUGUUUUUUUGGCUUUAAACCUUGUGUGGCGUUGCCCCCGCCCCAGCUGUCCCUAUGGACGAGCCCCUAGUGACUGGAGGAUCAGAUCUUCCUAAAAGAUUUUUGAUCCCAUGAAUAGCCUGUAUGUAGUCAUGCUCUCUGUUUUUUAAUAACAUAUUGCUUUGCUCUCUGUUUGUUCUAGUACUAAAACUAUUGUACUUUGUUUAUUCAUAGCUACCACUGCCACAACUGACUCGACAACAGGUAAAUGAGUUAUAUUUGGCUUUGUGACAAAUGUAAGAAAUAUUUAUUGUUCUAAAUUAUAAAAGGAGCAUAAUGCUUUUUAUUAUAUUGUAUAGCUCUUGGAUUCUGCUGGUGGUUUCCAUUCUGUUGUUCAGACAUGUGCAAUAUGUUGGUCAUUUUUUUAAGUCACUACUAGGCUCAUUACAGUAAAUCCUGUUAUUCUCAAAAGAAGUAUUAAACAAUUCCUUUGAAAAUGGGAAAUACUGAAUUCAUUGUCACAGUCUCAGAAUAAAUAGGCAAUUUCGCACUUACCAUGACAUAGGAGAAACUCUUUCAAUCUCUUACCAGAUUCCAGCGCUAAGGUUCCUCCGCGCUGGAUUUUGCUCCUCCUCUACCCAUGCCAGCCAAUGGGGGAGGGGGAGGGGAACCUAAUGACUUAAUGCAUUCCUAUGGAAUUUAGAGCACACUAGACGUCCUCAUGCAAAACGUGAGGACGUCCAGAGACAUUUCACAGGGUCAAACUCUAUGAAACCGUAGAAAGCACUUCUAGUGGCUUUCUGGUACGCAGCCACAAGACACUGUUUCUCUAAAACUGCAAUAAUUUACAUUGCAGGGAUUAGGGGGACAGGGACAAUGCAUUGAGAUUAAGUGGUCUGUGUGCCUAAUGUGUCCCUUUAAGAUAAAUGGGCACAUUAGUAGUAUUUUAUGGUGCAUAGGAUAAUAUAAAAUGGCAGAUUCAUAAGGUGCAAAGAUGAACUGACAGAUUCUCAAGGUAAAGCAGCAGAUUCUUAGGGUCUCAAGAUGGCAGAUUUUCAGUGUUUCAGCAUAAAUGGGGAUUCUUAGGGUGAAGGAGCAGAUUCUCAGACAGAAUAGGUAAAAUCUAAGGGCCUCAAGUUUAUCUGGCAGAUUCUCCAGGUUUCAGUGUGAAUUAACAAAUUUUCUGGGGGCAGUUACGAGUUUGCAUGGUCAUAGAAUAAAGAAUCAAACACUCAGGGUGAAUAAGCACAUUUUAAGGGUAUGAAGAUAAAUGGGCUAAUUAUUAUGAUUUCAGUGUGAACAGGCAUAUUUAUGGUCUAACAACUUUAUAAUUAAGGCCAAACAAAAAGACGAAUUGUAAAAAUUCUCCCAAUAUUCCAGCAUGCCCUAAACUGAGCAAUUAUCUUUUGAAUUCUGUAAAAUUUCUAGUUUAGUGAAUAAAUUCUAUAUGUGUUCCAGGGCUGCUAAAAAAAAUAAAAUGACAAUUAAUUUCUGUUAUAUUUCAAUUCAACCCCGUAGGAAAUAUUAGUGUGUGUCUCAACUACAAUCCAAAUGAGCAAGGAUUGGUGGUUUAUUAUACUUUCAUCAUCGAUAUCCUGAUGGGAACGGUGAGCAAUAAUCAUGAUUAAUGCAAUUAAUUCUAAAUAUAAUAAAUUAAAGCAACAUUUGUUUACCUCAAUUUAACCUAUUGUUUACAAAAACUGUACUUUAAUCUAUAAAAUAUUUUUUUUAAAUUAUUUUUAAUAGAGGACUUUGUAGAGGAUUGCCAAGUGAAUUGGCAAUUUUAACCCAAAACAAACAAUCAAAAUUUUUCCAGUUUUGAUGUUUUGGGUUAAACUGACAGUUCACUUGUCAAUUCUCCAAAAUUACAGCCCUUACCUGCCACUUCUUGGGCAUGUGGCGAUCGGAUUCAGCUAUGCAGGCAGUCUUCUGGACGUCGGUCCCACCUUCAUUUAAAAGACAGCGCCCACAUCUCGAGGGUACAACACCACACGUCACGUCCAAUUAUGCCAUAUACUCUGCCCCUAGGCGUCUGGAGUUGUGUAGUCUUCACAACCCCUCAGACCUAUGUAAAUAUCAGUUUAAUGGUGUUCAAUGCCUUGUUGUGGUCUCUAUUGAGUUCCAAUAGUGUGUUCUUACUGUUUUGUGUAUCUUGACUUCAUUGACCUGUCUAUCCCUGACUAUUUUGAUCUCUGUAAUCCUUUAACCUGGCCCCAUUAAUUGUUCCAAUUCAUUUCUCCUGACCUCGGCUAGCCUGACAAUUCUCUUACUGUUUAUACGUUAAGUCUGUGCCACCUCUAGGGUGACCAAUACGUCUCCUAUCCUAUCGUUUUUUUAUUAGGCUAGGUUUUGUUUCAGAUACUGCAUGUUAGGCUCUUCUCCUGCUUUGUUAAAUAACUACAAACUCUAUCAAAUGUUCCAUUCUUUAAUUUAUAUUGCUUGUUGGCUUCAAAUGCUAUUCAGUGAGAAAUCCCUUCAACUUGGAUGAAUGUACAAACAGAUAUGAAAUCUAUAAUGUUUAAAAAAAAAAAAAAAGAAAGAAAAACAUCUUGGACAGCAAUGGUAGGCUGUAAGUGCUGGUCUCACUUUCCCCCAAUGUUUUCAGCCUAUCAUUGCCGUUGAAGGUUCGACAACUUUGGAUGGAUAAUACGGAAUUGAAACUUUCACAUUAUCUGAAUGUCUACAAGGGGGCUAGAUUUCGGUUGCCAAGAGAGCCCAACUUUUUACAAAAAUGUUAAAAAGAAAACCUGGAGAUAACACCGAAAAAUACUUCCACCAUAACCACUACAUUAUUAUUGUAUAAUUAUAAGUAAAUAAAAACAUAAGUGAGACAUGAACAAGUGGUUUCUUUCUAUAUUUUCUAUACAAAGAGCAUAUGUUAGCGUAUUUAAAAGCAUCCAUAUAAAUCUUUGCAUAACAUGCUCUGCAUUAAGUUACGUAUAGAACACACACACAUGCGCUCAAUAACUUGCCGUAUAUAGUGAUUGUUUCUAAUACCGUUUACAUGUCUUAUUUUUUUCAGGGAUUCAUGGAGUUCACAUACAUGUUUUAUGGUUAUUAUAAGAAUACAUCAGUGAAUCUGGUUGGAUUUUUCUACAACAUUCCCUUGGCGUAUCUAAUAACCACAGUGAUUUACUUUCUACUGAGCCUGGUGUGGAUGGUAAUCCGGUGAGGUCUUUAAUGAUUAAAUAAAAGAACCAUCACGUAUAAGAACUUAUCAUUGGUUUCCCAAAUCCUCCAAUCACCACUUUGGCAAUCAGUGCUCUCUUAUGUGAUUGGCUGUAAAAGAAUGUGUACAAAAAGCAACCCCUUUUCAUUUUGCAAGAAGACUUCUAGCUGUCUCAAACCCAUCAGAAUACAGCUAUAAUUAAAAUUAUGUAUUUGUCUCUGUUUGUUUCAUCCUUGUUCUAUGUUUCUUCCUUAUCCAUUAGUCUUUGUUACCUCCAUAGUCCCUCAUUUUUCCUUCUCUGUCCAUCACUUAUCCCUAUAAACAUUUGUGUUCUUUCUUGUUUUCGAAUUGUUCCAUGCUGUUCUUCUUUAAUCCUUGAUGUAUCUUCCUGUCCCCCAACAACAUAUCACUCUGCCUAUCUACUUUUUCCUUUACAAUUUGAAUUCCCAAUAAGUCACACUAGUGAAUAGCCCCAGUAGGUGGCUUUUUGGGGGAAAACCCCCCCCAAAAGAUCUGUAGUUUGACGGUUCUGUAUGUAGUCCAAUUUGCCCUGGGCCAAAAUAAUCCAGGUAGAAAUUAUUUGGGGAAAAAAAUUCAGGUAAAAAUAUUUGAAAAGAAAAUCCAAGUAUUUUGUCCUGAAUUUUGCAUGUAUACCUCACAAUUUAGAGGAUAAGUUAAUUAAUAUUCAUCACAGUAACAUAUGGAUACUUACACAAAAUGUAAUCCCUAGUUAGUUUGUAGCAGUUGUUAAUGGUAUUUAAAGUAUAUAUUAAAGAAAAAUAAUUACUCCUACCAUUUUCCAUUUUUGCAACACAGAACACAUUAAAGCGGCACUGUCAUCCUGAACUUACCUCUCCUCAAUCUCUUCCUCUUCUCCCCCUCUCUCAGGAUCUGUUAUUCUUUUCUUCCUGUCUUCUUUAGUUUUCUUUAAAAUCAUAAGACAAAGUAGGGACUCUUUGCCUUAUGGAGGUUUCCUUCUCUUGACCAGCUUUGACCAGCAGAGGAGCAAAGUGUGCUUCAUUUCCGCUGUUCAAAGAAAUUUUCCCAUAAUUCUUACCUUUCCUCUGUGAUCUCACGAUGCUUCCUGUAAUUUUAGACAAAACUGACGAAUUGUUUUCUAACUGAAUGAGAACAGUAUGUCCGUUUCUUUUAGAACGCAAUUCGGCACUUUGUUCGUAUCGGAAUUUCAUUCAAAUGAAUGAAACUCCGAUCCUAUUCAUUGCGGCGGCUGCAUCUUGCAGCCGCUUAGUAGAUAACUCCCUAAUUCCCACGGUAUCAGGGAGCUGUCUACCAAAAGGCUGAAAGACCUAAACUGGUCUUUCAGCCAACUUUACUAAUACUAAGUAAGGAUUACUUAGUAUUAGUAAAUUCAGCCCCUACUCGCUAUACCGCCUGUGGCUGCUCACUGUAAACCCCCCCCCAAAAAAAGACAAUUGGGGGGGACGACAACCUAUUGUCCUCCCCCCGGCCCCCACCCCUGCGCGGUGGGUGGGGGCCAUAAAUUACAAUGGGGGGAACCUACUGUCCUCUCCCCCCCGGCCCCCACCCUUGAGCGGUGGGUGGGGGCCAUAAAGAUAUUGAGGGGGGGACCUACUGUCCUCCCACACCGGCCCCCACCCCUGCGCGGUGGGUGGGAGCCAUAAAUUACAAUGUAGGGGACCUACUGUCCUCCCCCCAGCCCCCACCCCUGCGCGGUGGGUGGGGACCAUAAAUUACAAUUGGGGGACCUACUGUCCUCCCCCCCAGCCCCCACCCUUGAGCGAUGGGUGGGGGCCAUAGAGAUAAUGAGGGGGGCCUACAGUUCUCCCCCUGGCCCCCACCCCUGGGCGGUGCAUGGGGGCCAUAAAGAUAAUGAGGGGGGGGACCUACUGUCCUCCCUCCACCGUCUCCCACCCCUGCGCGGGUGGGGGCCAUAAAUUACAAUGGGGGGGACCUACUGUCCUCCCCCCCCGGCCCCCACCCUUAAGCGGUGGGUGGGGGCCAUAAAGUUAAUGAGGGGUGGGACCUACAGUCCUCCCCCACGGCCUCCACCCCUGGGCGGUGGGUCGGGGCCAUAAAGAUAACGAGGGGGGGACCUACUGUCCUCCCCCCACCGGCCCCCACCCCUGCGCGGUGGGUGGGGGCCAUAAAUUACAAUGGGGAGGACCUACUGUCCUCCCCACCCCUGCGCGGUGGGUGGGGGCCAUAAAUUACAAUGGGGGGUGACCUACUGUCCUCCCCCCUGGCCCCCACCCUUAAGUGGUGGGUGGGGGCCAUAAAGAUAAUGAGGUGGGGGGACCUACUGUCCUCCCUGCUGCUUCUAUAGUUACAUAUUACAAGGAGUUCGUCUGACAAUGCUAUUCAUUCAUUCGUCUUUCUGAUGAAUGAAUGAAUAGAUGAAAUUCCCGUUCACAUGUCCAAGUGUUUCACUGGGCAUGUGCGGGAAUCUCACAGCACUAUCUAGUGUGGGCAGAUGAUGUGUCCCACAGGGACUUCAUCUACCCACACAAAGAUGGCGGCGCCCUGAAUAUAGGUCGGGGCAGAAAAUAAAGAUAAAAAAAUAGAGGACUGUAGAUCCCUCCCCUCAUUAUCUUUAUGGCCCCCACCCACCGCUUAAGGGUGGGGGCUGGGGGGGAGGACAGUAGGUCCCCCCCCAUUGUAAUUUAUGGCCCCCACCCACCGCGCAGGGGUGGGAGACAUUGGGGGGAGGACAGUAGCCCCCCCCCAUUAUCUUUAUGGCCCCCAUGCACCGCCCAGGGGUGGGGGCCAGGGGGGAAGACUGUAAUGUGGGGGGCUUAGAGGCAUUUGGGGUGACUAGGGGGGUCAGUUAGAUGUAGUGGAGGCAGGAGGGGGGGGGAUUAAAAAAAACGGGAUUCGGCCAUGACAGUGCCGCUUUAAGGGUUAUUUACUAAAGUGAGAAUUGAUGGUGAUAAAAAGUGAAUUUCAAACUUUACUCCUAAAUUACACCUUUUUUUUUUUUACUUUGGCAUUUUUGGCAUUAAAUUUGAAAUUCCCGGCAAUUCUCACUUUAGUGAAUAACCUUGUUGGAUAUAUCUCCACUCAUUGUCUCUUUUAUCCCUUCUCUGUAGGGUUUGUCUGUGCUGAAAGCUAAGUGCAAAGGACAGAGCUUAAAGGAACACUCUAGCAUUAGGAAUAAAAAUGUGUGUACCUAACACCAUAGUGUCCUAGUACCCAUUUAGGUGACUGGCUCACACCAGCAAAGAGAAAAAAAGGUAUUUUACUUACCUUUUGUCAUUUGUAGUGCUGGUCUCCGGUGCCUCCUCUUUGGUUAAGAUCAUUGAGAUUGAUGAUAUCAGCCAACACAUCACUCUCACAGAAACCUCUAAUGUCUUGACCUAGAGCAUAUCUCCACUAAUCUCCAAAUUCUCCUUUUACCUAUCUCAAACCUCACCUGUCCUAGUUCUGCAACCUCCUUCUACAAUUCCACCCUAUCCUCUCAACUAGACAUCAUGGCACCUUGUACAUUUAAACGCCGCAGGCCCCCCCCAACAACAACCCUGACACACCAAGCUCACGCGAUACCUCCAAAAAUGCACCAGAACUGCUGAACGCUGUUGGAGAAAGUCUCACUGUGCAUCUGACUUUCUCCACUAUAAAUUUAUGUUGAGCUCAUGCAGCUUGGCUCUUUCCUCUGCAAAAGUUAAUUACUUCAAUACCCUCAUAACCACACUCUACCGCGAACCCAAACGACUAUUUCACACAUUUAACUCUCUUCUUCGCCCUGCUGUUCCUCCUCCAUCUACUAACUUGACCGCCUCAGACUUUGCAACUCACUUCACUGACAAGAGCUCUACAAUCAGAGAAGAGAUCUCUCAUCUUUCUUCUUCCCCUUACAAUACUUCCCCUAACUUCACUCCCUCUGCUGUUCUAUGUUCAUUCGCACGUGCUACCUUGGAAGAGGUUUCUGCUCUGCUCCAGUCCUCCCGCCCCACCACCUGCUCCCUCGAUCCAAUUCCCUCGCAUCUCAUCCAUAUUCUGUCUUCUUCUCUUUCUCCACCUCUCACUAAAAUUCGCAAUCUCUCUCUCUCCUCUGGUAUAUUUCCAUUGCCCUUCAAAGAUGCAACUGUAACCCCAAUUCUAAAGAAGCCCAAUCUUGACCCUAACUCCCCAUCCAACUAUCGUCCUAUCUCGCUACUGCCUUUUGCAUCCAAGAUCCUUGAAAAAAUUGUGUAUGCGAGAUUGACAGACUUCUUCGAGUCCAACUAUCUGCUAGACCUGCUUCAGUCUGGUUUCCGCGCUAAGCACUCUGUGGAAACGGCACUGACCAAAGUAUCCAAUGAUCUGCUUGCUGCAAAAUCUCGUGGUCACUACUCUAUCCUAAUUCUCCUUGACCUGUCUGUGGCUUUUGACACUGUUGAUCAUCAACAGCUUCUUCUCAUCCUCCGCACUAUCGGUCUACAAGAUAUUGCUCUCUCCUGGUGCUCCUCCUACCUCUCCCAGCGCUCUUUCAGUGUUUCUUUCACUGGCUCUGAUUCUUCUUCCCAGCUCCUCUCUGUCCCCCAAGGUUCAGUCCUUGGUCCCCUACUGUUCUCCAUCUUUACUGCCUCCCUUGGUAAACUCAUUAGCUCCUUUGGCUUCCAAUAUCAUUUCUAUGCAGAUGACACGCAAAUCUACCUGUCCUCUCCUGAUCUCUGACUGCCUCUCUGCUGUUUCUAACUGGAUGGCUGCCCACUUCCUUAAACUAAACUUGACCAAAACUGAAAUUCUGCUCUUUCCUCCCUCUUUCCUCCCUCAAGUGUUGUUACUCCUGUGUCUGUCUUCCUCCAAGUCAACGGUGUUACCAUCAGCUCCACCACGCAGGCUCGCUGCCUAGGUGUUCUCUUUGACUCCGACCUCUCCUUCAAGCCUCAUGUGCAAUCUAUCGCCAAAUCCUGUCAUUUCCAUCUCAAAAACAUUGCGCGCAUCCGCCCCUACUUAACGCCAGAUGCGACUAAGGUGUUGGUCCAUUCCACUGUCCUUUCUUGCCUUGACUACUGUAAUCCACUUCUCAGUGGUCUUACGUGCUCCCAACUUGCGCCGUUACAGUCCAUAAUGAAUGCGGCGGCGAGGCUCAUCUUCCUGUCCGCCCGCACCUCCCAUGCCUCACCCUUCUGUCAGUCCCUACAUUGGCUUCCUAUAAAAUAGAGCUCAAUUUAAAAUUUCUGGUUCUUGCUUUCAAAUCUCUACAUAAUGCUGCUCCCACCUAUCUAUCCUCCCUUAUACACAAGUAUGUCCCGUAUAGGCCCUUACGAUCUGCUGAAUACUUAAGUCUAUCUUCUGUCCGUACUCCCACCUCUGAUGCUCGCCUUCAAGAUUUCUCGAGGGAUGCACCGUUCCUGUGGAACUCGCUUCCCUCCUCCGUUAGAUGCUCACCCAGUCUCCACUCCUUCAAAAAAUCGUUAAAAACCCACUUUUUCAUAAAAGUGUAUCAAACUGUUAAUAGCUCCUGACUGAUUCCUCUUCUGCCACUGUCACUAGUCUAAUACUAUCCUUACCUUUUUGUGUCAUUUUACCCCACACCCUCUAGCAUGUAAGCUCAUUGAGCAGGGCCCUCAACCCCUCUGUUCCUGUGUGUCCAACUUGUCUGGUUACCUCUAAAAGUGUGAGUGGGACCUUUGUAUAUUUCUACCACACCUUUAAACAUUACAGAUUUGCACUAUGUUUGGAUCUUUCUGUUUAUGUUUUAGGAAAUUCCUAUAAAGAAUUAUUGUGAAUUACAUAUAAAAAGAAGGUAUAAUUUCAGUAUUUUGGUGUUCAUCACUUGGUAUUAUCUCUCCACUUUGGCCUAUCUAUUUACAUAUAGCGCUUCACCCAUACACCGGUUUGUACUAUAAUUUUGAAAGAUAAGUUUGGGGUGUUAUAGCAGCUAGAGAUCAAUAGUAUUCCUGAUAUAAGUGUAUCACUUUGUAUUGAAAUAUUAGCGCUGGUACUUUUACCCUUUUUCCACCUCUACAUGUCUGUUCGUGCACCCAUUGUAAAGCGCUGCGGAAUUUGACGGCGCUCUAUAAAUAUUAUAAUAAUAAUAAUAAUAACACAAUGCUGUCCAAUAGAAAAUGUGUGUAUGCGCAGCAAACUGUUAACCCUGAAAUGUAACCAUUGCCGUUCCUGCAUAACAAUAAUGUUUCCAGCUGCAGACUAAAAAAUGUUAGGGUGGUGGGACAUGGUUCUCAAACCACUUUAUUGAGAUGAAGUGGUCUGGGUGCCUAUAGAGUCUUUUUAAAUAAGGGAUUGACAGGAAACUAAGAAUUGUGGGUUUCUAAGUUUCAUUUUAUUUUUACAUGAUCAUAUCUUACAAACAUAAUAUUAAAAAUCCUAGGAAGUGGCAGGUACUCUUUAAUGCAAAAUUAACGAAGCUUCAAUUUGUAUUUCCAUUCCUGUAUUUUAGAUCUGUGAAUGGCUUCAAGCAAAGUCUUGUAACGGAAGAUGCCGCAAUGAGCAACUACACCAAUAAAGUGUUUGCUGGAUGGGAUUUCUGUAUGAAGGACCCCAAAAUUCUAAGGCAAAAGCAAACCAGCAUCUUAUAUGAGUUAAAGGUCAGUUUACCUUAUUCACUUGUGAAUUGGGAAGUGAAGACUUUUAUUUCUUUAUUAACCCCUUAAGGACCAAACUUCUGGAAUAAAAGGGAAUCAUGACAUGUCACACAUGGCAUGUGUCCUUGAGGGGUAGAACAGACACUGUUGACAUCAAAAAAACUUUAGCUUAAUAAGGCAGUUUUGGUGUAUAGAUCAUGUCCAGGCAGUCUCAAGACUCAAUUUUCUGCGAUUUAGGAAUUAAAGCACUUAUUACUUUAUGCAGCCUUAGUGACACCUUCCAGCAUGCGACCAACACAACCUUCCUAAACACUUCCUGCAAAGUGUCAUCUAAUGUUUAUACUUCCUUUGUUGCAAAUACUGUUUAUUUCAAAUUCCUUAUCUCCUCCACUUUUAAUAGCUUGUGUGUGACUAAAGUUCAAUUUACAGAGCAGGAGAUAAAACACGUUUAAAGUAAGUUCUGCUACAUAUGUAAAUAGAGCACAUUUCCUUUCAACAGAAAUGUUAUUUGUGUGGUAACAUUACUUGUAAAUUGAUGUGCAAAGAUUAUUAAUAUUUUAAUAUUUAGAUCUAUGUUUGAAUGAAAUAUUCUGCAAUGACUGAAGUACAAUUUUCUGCACAAUUGCGUUAGAUGUUGACCGUAAGACAAACAAAGCUCAGUUGACCCUGUUUUUUAUAAAUUCACUUAGGCUAGACCAAAGGUAGGCAACCUUGGGAACUCCAGAUGUUUUGGACUGCAUGUCCCAUAGUGGCCUUAGAGCCAUAACGCUGGCAAAACAUCAGGGCAAUUGUAGUCCACAACAAAUAUAGGGUUGCCAAAAGUUGCGUACCUCUGGGCUACAUUAUUUAGUAAGCUGGCUAGUCGGGUGGGACCAUGAAACAAGCACUGGCAGCAAAGAUGCUUUCAAGCGAUCAGAUAUACUUACCUGAUUACAUUCUACUGGUUUGCCAAUACUGAUCCUGAUUUCAUUAUUUUUGUAUAAGCUUUUUAAAUGAUUUCAUGUUUAAGGAUUAACUUUUACAAUUAUUUCAUAUAUUUUUUAUGUAUUGAUAUGGUAUUUUUUGCUCCAUAAGAUGCACCACACCAUAAGACGCACCUAGUUUUUAGAGAAGGAAACACAGAAAAAAAAUAUUCUGAACAAACUGUCCCAUAGUGUUUCUUAACACCCACCCUCCCCUGUCCCAUAGUGUUCCUUACCACCCACUCCCCUCUCCUGUCCCAUAGUGAUCUUUAACCCCCACUCCACUGUCCGAUAGUGAUCUUUAACCCCCCUCCCCUUGUCCAAUAGUCUUCUCUCCCCCCUCAUCCCCUAGUGUUCCCCCCUCCACUUAUCCAAUAGUGUUCUCCCCCCCUCCCCUUGUCCCAUAGUAUUCCCCCACUCAUCCAAUAGUGUUCCCCCCUCCCCUGUCCAAUAGUGUUCUCCCCUCUCCACCCAUCCAAUAGUGUUCCCCCCUCCCCUUGUCCCAUAGUGCUCUCCCCCCCCAUUCCAUAGUGUUCCGCCCCUUCCCUCAUCCCAUAGGUUCCGCCCCUUCCCUCAUCCCAUAGUGUUCCCCCCUCGCCUCCUAUAGUGUCCCUUAGUGCCCCUUUCUUACCCCCUUGGUCCCCGGUAGGUUUACUUACCUGUAUUGUAGCGUGGACCGGCAGAACAGUGCGCACCGCGGUACAGGAACUUAAAUUUCAGUUUUCAGUUUCUGGACGGACUGAAAGGAAGAGCGCACACUGAGUGCGCACUUCCUUUCAGUCCGGCCGGUAAAUUAAAAUUUUAGUUCCUGUACCGCGGUGCACGCUAUUCUGCCAGCUCACGCUACAAUACAGGUAAGUAAACUUAUACAUUCGCUCUAUAAGACGCACAGACAUUUCCCCUUACUUUUGAGGGGGGGGGAAAGUGCGUCUUAUAGAGCGAAAAAUACGGUAUUUAUAGAUUUUUUGAUAUUUAAAUAUUUUUUUAAAACUAUUUUAACAACGUAUCCAAAAAUAUUAAAUCGGCUACCUUCUACAGUAAUGUUAAAGAAAUCCUGUCUAACUCAUAUCGUUAUUCUGUUCCUGAUUUAAAAACAAAAAAAACUCUAAAUAGGCAAAUCCUAUAUUUUGUAAAGAAUGUGCAACUAUGGAUUGCUGAUUUUAAACUGAACCCUGUAUUGUACCAAGUGAGAUGUACUCAUUGUGGUUUUUUUAUUUUUUUUAUUUUGCUGUGCUAGAGAUAACAUGCUUGCUUGUAAUGCCACGACAGUGUUCUAUGAAAUUUCCCUACCUGUGAAAAUCCCUAAUUUGAACCCUCACUUAACCCUAAAUGUCCUGUGUGCCUAAGCUUAGUGAAUGCACUAACUAUAAUGAAAGUGUAAAACUAGUUUUACUUACCUUCAAGGACCUUGCUGUGGAGGAGUAGCAGGAGUGCUAGCACGAAUGUGCAGCACAGGAUCCAGCUAAUUCCCCUCACCGAAAGUGACAAGGGGAUUUUCACAGGUAGGGAAUUUGAUAGAACAACCAGUGGUGUAUCCUGGUUUUGUGCUGCCCUAGGCAGGACAAAACUCAGGCACCCCCGUGCUACCCCCACCCGCGCAACCGCCACCCAACCCUUCCCCCCUGCUCCGCCUUCUAAAUACACACACACACAUUCACUGACAGAUACGCAUUCACUAGCUAACAGAAACACACACUCACUAACAGACACACACUCACUCACAGGCAAACACACACACACACACACUAACAGGCAAACACACACACACACACUAACAGACACACACUAACAGGCAAACACACACACACUAACAUGCAAACACACACACACUAACAGACAGACAGACAGACACUAACAGACAGACACACACACUAACAGACACACACACACACUAACAGACACACACACACACUAACACUAACAUACACACACUAACAUACACACACACACUAACAUACACACACACACUAACAUACACACACUAACAGACACACACUAACAGACAGACACACUAACAGACACACACUCUAACAGACUCACACACACACACACUAACAGACACACACACUAACAGACACACACACACUAACAGACACACACACACUACACACACACUAACAGAUACACACACACACAUUCACUUGUGUUUUUUUUUUUUAUUUAACCCCCCCAGCCUCCUUACCUUUGGGAAUGCUGGGGGGGUUCUUCCUCUCCCUGGGGUCCUGGGGUCUAGUGGCUGCCGGUCGGGCUGGGCGGGCGGGCGGGCGGCCGGAGAGGGAGCUCUUUCCCUGAGCGCUCUGCUCAGCUCCCUCGCGUGCCGCCAGCAGAGUGAGGCCGGGAGCCGGAAAAUGACGUCAUCAACCCGGCUCCCAGCCUCACUCUGCGGCGCGCGAGGUAGCUGAGCGGACAGCUCAGGGGAAGAGCUCCCUCGCCAGCCGCCUGCCCGCCCAGCCCGGCAUGUCUGUUAGCCGCGAGGCUAACAAGGCAUUUGCCCUUUUGCGGCUUUUUUGCCGCCCCCUGAAUUUGCCCAUUUGCGGCUUUUUUGCCGCCCCCUGAAAAAUGCCGCCCAAGGCAAAUGCCUUGUUUGCCUCGCGGCUAAUACGCCCCUGAGCACAACGGCAGUUACAGGCUAUUAGAAUACAAACAUAGUUAAACAUUUGUGUGGCAUUUAGAGUAAAAAGCACAAUUUUAUAAGGUUUAUAAUGCGAGCUGAUUAUAGGCUAAUUAAGUACGUCUUAUGUGGUGGGUCAUGUUGAGGUCAACAGGCUUGAGGCAUUAAACAGUGGCGUACAUACCGGGGUUGCGGCUGCGACCGGGGCCCGGCCCACCAGGUACAUACCCGGUAUGUACCCACUGUGGCCAGCCUCUUCUCCUGCAGGGCCCAGGAGCCGGCCACCUCAGGGCCCCCCCGAGGCUGGCCCUGGUGUCACCCGGCGGGUGGAAAAAGUAUGUGAACCCCUAGACUAAUGACAUCUCCAAGAGCUAAUUGGAGUGAGAUGUCAGCCAACUGGAGUCCAAUCAAUGAGAUGAGAUUGGAGGUGUUGGUUACAGCUGCCAGGCCCUAUAAAAAACACACACCAGUUCUGGGUUUGCUCUUCACAAGAAGCAUUGCCUGAUGUGAAUGAUGCCUCGCACAAAAGAGCUCUCAGAAGACCUACGAUUAAGAAUUGACUUGCAUAAAGCUGGAAAGGGUUAUAAAAGUAUCUCUAAACGCCUUGCUGUUCAUCAGUCCAUAGUAAGACAAAUUGUCUAUAAAUGGAGAAAGUUCAGCACUGCUGCUACUCUCCCUAGGAGUGGCCGUCCUGUAAAGAUGACUGCAAGAGCACAGCGCAGACUGCUGAAUGAGGUGAAAAAGAAUCCUAGAGUGUCAGCUAAAGACUUACAAAAGUCACUGGCAAAUGCUAACAUCCCUGUUAGCGAAUCUACAAUACGUAAAACACAAAAAAGAAUAGAUUUCAUGGGAGGAUACCACAGAGGAAGCCACUGCUGUCCAAACAAAACAUUGCUGCACGUUUACAGUUUGCACAAGAGCACCUGGAUGUUCCACAGCAGUACUGGCAAAAUAUUCUGUGGACAGAUGAAACCAAAGUUGAGUUGUUUGGAAGAAACACACAACACUAUGUGUGGUGAAAAAAAGGCACAACACACCAACAUCAAAACCUCAUCCCAACUGUGAAGUAUGGUGGUGGGGCAUCAUGGUUUGGGGCUGCUUUGCUGCGUCAGGGCCUCUACGGAUUGCUAUCAUCGAAGGAAAAAUUAAUUCCCAAGUUUAUCAAGACAUUUUCCAGAUGAAGCUCAACAAAAGAUGGAUGUUGCAACAGGACAAUGACCCAAAGCACAGAAGUAAAUCAACAACAGAAUGGCUUAAACAGAAGAAAAUAUGCCUUCUGAAGUGGCCCAGUCAGAGUCCUGACCUCAACCCGAUUGAGAUGCUGUGGCAUGACCUCAAGAAAGCGAUUCACACCAGACAUCCCAAGAAUAUUGCUGAUCUGAAACAGUUCUGUAAAGAGGAAUGGUCAAGAAUUACUCCUGACCGUUGUGCACGUCUGAUCUGCAACUACAGGAAACGUUUGGUUGAAGUUAUUGCUGCCAAAGGAGGUUCAACCAGUUAUUAAAUCCAAGGGUUCACAUACUUUUUCCACCUGCACUGUGAAUGUUUACAUGGUGUGUUCAAUAAAAACAUGGCAACAUUUCAUUCUUUGUGUGUUAUUAGUUUAAGCAGACUGUGAUUGUCUAUUGUUGUGACUUAGAUGAUGAUCAGAUCACAUUUUAUGACCAAUUUGUGCAGAAAUCCAAAUCAUUCCAUAGAGGUUCACAUACCUUUUCUUGCAACUGUAGUUACCUCUGUUCAUUAUGGAGGUGGAAGUAGCACAGCUCCUGGAUUCUGGUUGUUGGGGAAGCAGGGACCCCUUCCUGCUUCCCAUGCAGCAAUUACCAGGCACUUCUAGCCCUUCUAUUUGUCAUUUUACGAUUAUAUAUCUUGAGAUUGCUGAGAGCUUAGUGUAGAAUUUUCCAUCUUCCAAAAAAAUUAGUAAAACAAAUGUCUGAACUUUUACGGUAAAUAAGUUCUUUAUAUAUAAAAAGCCUCCCUGCGUCUGUUAUUUGUGAUAUCAGUUGAGAGUAUGGAAUGCCAUUUUAUUAGUUUACACAUUACAUUUGCUCUUAAUAUUUUAGGAAGGAAAUCUGUUUCCCCAUCGACUUCAGUCUGGAUUCGUUGUUGUAGCUACUAGGAUGCCAAUAUAUGUCAUACUUUGCCUGAUUAUAAGUCUGAACUAGUCUUCUGAAGAUUGGGAUCUGUGUCCCAUUACUAGACCAUCAAUGGAAUAUUUUUCAUUGCUAGGUGAUGAAGUCCUGCCCAGUUUCUUGAUACAUAAGAUUUGAAACCAUGUGUCACACAGCACUGAAAUAAUUUGAUAUAUUUCUCAUAUAUGCCUCAGGUUAAAUCCGGUCAUCCUGUUGCAUUGAACUGUUUAUAGAUUAUGGGAUAUGCAGAUAUAACAGGUUGUAAUCUAUUAAAAGAAGCUCUGCAUAUGAUUUCCAUUAUAAUUGCUGAUAUUCGUGGUACAAUUGUGGAAAACAAAAAUCUACAAAGUGGAAAAAGUAUUUUUUUAUCCACGUAGUUGGUGAAAAGUAUGCAGAAUGCAUCGAAGAUAAAGAAAUGUAGCUAGUGUUUUUGUUCCUAAUUAUAUUUUUAUUUGUUUUUUCUUUUGAAAAAUCACAGCAUAGUUUUAGUUAGAAUUUUCAGUUUAACCCCUUCUCGAUCAAGUUAAAUUUAAAGGUGCAUUGUCACUGUCUAGGAAAUUUGCCACCCUCAGUGGUGACAUCACCGCAGACAGGGACAGGUAAACGUGAGAUUUCAUUACCUAAACCUGCCGCCAUUUUUCUCGGUCUUCUCCUCUCAAGCUCCAGUAGUCAACGUCACUCGCACGAGAGAACAGCUUUGUGGUUUUUUGAGGAUCCUGUGAGAUGGCAGGAUCCUUAAUAGACAGAGCCAAUUCCCUGCUGCCAUCACUGGAGUCUAAGAAAGUCAGGCAGAGGAAAAUUACAGAGACAAAGUUGUCCCUACUUUGUCUCUGUAUAUCUCUUGACUGGAUUGGAAUUUCAUUGAAGAAAAUGAUGACCCUAACACUAACAAAGAGGUCUUGACACCCAGGACAUACUUGAAAAACAAGAGAAAUCUCAAUGUAUCCUUCCUGGUAAAAUAUUUUAUAGAUAAAUAAAUACAGCAUAUCCCUACCUGUGUUUGUCCCCUCUUCCCUAUACAUGAACAGUGUGCUGCUGCUGAUUUCUGUGAUCUUAAUGAAUGUAUAACCAUAAACAUAAGGGAUGUGCAUGGGCAAAAAAAUUGGUUCGGUUUGGAAAAUCGGGUAAGUAAAAAAAUUUAUCUGCUUAAGCAAUUCGGACCAAUGGCAUUCGGUUCGGUUCGGCACUUCCAAACUACCGGACUUUGGCAAUUCGGAACUCUGGCCAUUCAGAACUUCGGAGGCAUCCUAAUGUCCGAAUUGCAUGAAACAAAUUGCACAUGUAUAGUAAGUGGUUGCGGUGGCAGUCUGGGCACUGGGAGCCCUAUAGAUGUGUAAGUGGUUGUGGUGGCAGUCCGGGCACUGGAAAGUGGGAGCCCUAUAGAUAUGUAAGUUAUUGUGGUGGAUAUCCUGGCACUGGGAGCCCUACAGAUGUGUAAGGUGUUGUGGUGGCAGUCUGGGAACAGGGAGGCAGGAACCCUAUAAAUGUGUAAGUGGUUGUGGUGGCAGUUCAGGCACUGGGAGGUGGGCGUCCUAUAGAUGUGUAAGUGGUUGUAGUGGCAGUCCGGGCACUGGGAGCCCUAUAGAUGUGUAAGUGGUUGUGGUGGCAGUCCGGGCACUGGAAGGUGGGAGCCCUAUAGAUAUGUAAGUGGUUGUGGUGGCAGUCCGGGCACUGGGAGCCCUAAAGAUGUGUAAGUUGUUGUGGUGGCAGUCCGGGCACUGGAAAGUGGGAGCCCUAUAGAUAUGUAAGUGGAUUUGGUGGAUAUCCUGGCACUGGGAGCCCUACAAAUGUGUAAGGUGUUGUGGUGGCAGUCCGGGAACUGGGAGGCAGGAGCCCUAUAGAUGUGUAAGUGGUUGUGGCGGCAGUUCAGUCACUGGGAGGUAGAAGUCCUAUAGAUGUGUAAGUGGUUGUAGUGGCAGUCCGGGCACUGGGAGCCCUAUAGAUGUGUAAGUGGUUGUGGUGGCAGUCCGGGCAUUGGAAGGCGGGAGCCCUAUAGAUAUAUAAGUGGUUGUGCAGUCCGGGCACUGGGAGCCCUAAAGAUGUGUAAGUUGUUGUGGUGGCAGUCCGGGCACUGCAAGGCGGGAGCCCUAUAGAUAUGUAAGUGGUUGUGGUGGCAAUCCUGGCACUGGGAGCCCUACAGAUGUGUAAGUUGUUGUGGUGGCAGUCCCGACACUGGGAGGCGGGAGCCCUAUAGAUAUGUAAGUGGUUGUGGUGGCAGUCCUGGCACUGGGAGCCCCUGCCCAUUGAUUCAGAAAACCGAAGCACUUCAGAACUUCGGCAAUUCGGAACUUAGGCAAUUCUGUUCGGUUCAGCACUUCCGAACUACCGAACUUCAGCACAUUGGCACUUCGAACAUUCGUAAGCAUCCGAAUGUCCUGUAUCGCAGCCUGGAGCGUGGACCCAGUUGCUGAGUUGCAGGCAGGUUUGUGUAGCAGUGCAGUCGGCCAUUUUGGGGGACCACGUGUAGGCUGCUUUUGCCUGUGUCGCCCAGGAGCGUUCUGGAGGUGAGUACUCGAUUAGUGGAGGCCGAGAUAACCCCCACCGGCCCAGGGGGGGGGGAGUACCUGCAAAGAAAGGAGCAGAGGUAAUGAGACCACCGCUUGCAGGACCAGACUGAAACAAAAAAGGAUCAAAUGGCAAAGGAACGGGUGUGGCAACAAAAAACAAACAUUUAAAGGUAUCCAGGAGACUGGGAAUUCCAGGAACAGAAUACAGGAAUGAACCCAGAAAACCCAGCAUAAAGAAAACCAGACAUAGAAUAGAAAACCAGAAAAAAAAAAACAAGAAUUGUAAUAAGAGUACUGGAUACCAGAAGCCAAGGCCAUCUCCACAGAACAGGAUGUGACACCUUCUGGGAUGGGAAAGCCACUAUUGACUUGGUCAUACAGUUUACAAGAUGGCUAAUAAAUUAACACAGGGAUUGAAGGCGGUUAGAUCCACCAUGGGGUUCGUAGGGCAGGGAAUUUAAGCAUUUUCGAUAGACAUGUGCAAUUAGUUUCGGUCCGAAUAAAAAUUCGGGUUAUUCAGACAUUCGGGUGCUUCAGAAUGUCCGAAGUCCCGAAUUGCCGAAGUGCCGAAAUUACCGAAUUUCCAAAGUGUAGUAGUGCCAAAGUGCCGAAUUGCUGAAGUGCCGAAGUUGCCAAAGUUCCAGGGUGUCAAAGUGCCGAAGUUCUGAAGCACAGUAUUGCCUAAGUACACUUACCCAGUGAAAUAAGAAGAAUGUUACACUGUAUACAAUUUCAAAUAAAAAGUAUACAAACAUAGACAGGAUUCAGCUGUAAGCAUUUGCAACACUUACAACAAUCAAGUAACAUACAUUCAUAUAAAAUGUAAAUUACUUAGCCAGUCAUUUAAUGACAAGAAUGAAUAAGUAGAUAGCUUCCUAAUACUGUGGGAAUUAGGAAGUUAUCUACUAAAAGGCUGAAAGACCUAAAUUGGUCUUUCAGCCAAAUUUACUAAUACUAAGUAAAGAUUACUUAGUAUUACUAAAUUAUGCCCCUACUCGCUAUAACGCGAGUAGGGGCAUGUCUAUUAAACAGUGAACAGUGGGGGCUUUUAAACUAAAGGGGGGACCUAUUGCCCCUGCGGCCCCCACCCCUGAGCGGCGGGUGGGGGCCCUUAAGUAAAAAAAGUGGGGGGAGGACCUAUUGUCCUCCCCACCGGCCCCCACCCCUGAGCGGUGGAUGGGGGCCCUAAACAAAAAUUGGGGGGGUGACCUAAUGUCCUCCACCCUGGCCCCCACCCCUGAGCGGUGGGUGGGGGCCCUAAACAAAAAUAAGGGGGGGAACCUAAUGUCCUCCCCCUGAGCGGUGGGUGGGGGCCCGAAACUAGAAUAAGGGGGGGGGACCUAAUGUCCCCAAACCCCUAGUCACCCCCCUCCCCCAAAAAAUAAACUCCUACCUACCCCCCUCACCCUAAAAAUAAUGAGGGGGGACCUUUAACUAAAUACCUGUAAAAAUAAGAAUAAACUUACCAUUCAAUGUUUUCUUUCUUCUAAAAUCUUCUUUUUUCAGCCCCCAAAAAGGCCAAAUAAAAAUCCAUUAUAACCGACGCAAUUAAAAGAAAAAAAAUAAUAAAAAAAAUAAAAAAUUCCAUCUUCACCCGGUGAGGGCUCCACGCAGACUGAGCUCUGCAGGGUGGGGGAAGGCUUAUAAAGCCUUGCCCCGCCCUGCAACUAGGCUCAGAGCACUCUGAUUGGUGAGUUUAAGCCAUCCAAUCAGAGUGCUCUGACAGGUUAAUGAAGGGACUGACAGUUAAGUCUCUACAUUUACCUGUCACAGCACUCUGAUUGGUUGGUUUGAAAUCCACCAAUCAGAGUUCUCUGUGUCAUUUUACACAGCGUGGGAAAGUUCUUUGGAAUUUUCCCACGCUGAGUAAUUUGACUCAUAACACUCUGAUUGGUUACUUAAUCCACCCACUGCUCAGGGGUGGGGGCCGGUGGGGAGGCCAAUAGGUCCUCCCCCCUUUUUAUACUUUAGUGCCCCCACCCACCACUCAGGGAGGGGGGACCCUUUUUUUUUUUUAGCCUUUGGCUGCUCACUGUUUACUAGACAUGCCCUUACUCGCGGUAUAGCGAGUAGAGGCACAAUUUACUAAUACUAAGUAAUUUUUACUUAGUAUUAGUAAAUUUGGCUGAAAGACCAAUUUAGGUCUUUCAGCCUUUUGGUAGAUAACUCCCUAAUACCGUGGGAAUUAGGGAGUUAUCUACCAAGCGGCUGCAAGAAAAGUCCCGAAAUGCCGGAGUUCCGAAGUUGCUGAAGUUCCAAAGUGUCUAAGAUCCGAAGUUGCCGAAGUGUUCAAGUGCCGAAGUGUCAGAGUGCAGAAUUGCCGAAGUCGGAAUGCCGAACCGAGCUGAAUAUUUUCCCCAUGCACAUGCCUAAUUUUCGAGAAUGAGGUUUCACAUGCCUUCAGCUUGUUGGACAGGCAGGAUACGAUAGUUCCAGUCUCAGCAUUGUCAGACCAUGUUAUCUGGUAAAAUGCGUGACUGGACCUCCCCGUUGGUCUCUGUAUACUACAUAGCUACAUUCCAUUGAGCGUAUGCGCGGUGUCAGAAAUAGACGCCGACAUUGAAGACACGUCAAACUGCUUGCCCUGUCACUCCUGAUAUGAUAAUCAGCACAAACCUUGCAAAAUGUUUUUUUGGACGUCCAUAGGAAAGCCUUGAGUAAUGCGCGUGGGCUCUGGCCGCGCAUGCGCAUUUGGCUCCACUCAGUAGCUGACGUCGGCAGCGGGAGGAGAGGUCACCAGCACCGAGGGAGCCCGGCGCUGGUUUAAGGUAAGUGGCUGAAGGGGUUUUAACGGGAGGAGGGCUCUGAGGGAGGGGCUGACCUAAUAAACCUAUAGAGCCAGGAAAACGAGUUUGUUUUCCUGGUACUAUAUGAUGCCUUUAAUGUUGUACUCUCUUUGAAAUCCUAUUCUGAUAUAUAAAUAAAAAAGUGAACGAGAAAAAAAAUGAUAGAGUCAAAAAAUGUGAAAAAUAGUGGAAGUAAAACAUGAAACAUAGAAUGCUAUAUAACAUUUUUAAUGACUUGUAUUAGUUUAUGAUGCAAUACUUCUUGACCACUACCUCUUCUUUUACUACAAUCUCUUUAAUUUGCCUAAUCUAGAUUGAUCUUGAAGAAGAUAAAAUGAGACGUAUUCAUGCUGAACGCACCAUGUCACAGCGAGCAGGGAUUUAUAUUCUUCGUAUCGUACUCAACCUCUUGAUCAUGUGUUUGAUUGGAGCAGCCUUCUACUGCAUCUACCUUUCUACUACAACCUCACAAAGUUUGCUACAAGACGUAAGACACUUGAUAAAGACACUUGUUCCCAUGUUCUUUAAAUUUCCUUUCUUGUAUGUAUGUUGUCCUUGUGAUCAAAGUUGGUUGAAAUGUUAUCUUUGUGGGAACUCCUGAAAAUAAGUGUGUGGCAUCUUUUACCAGACACCAUACAAAUGUUACCAAUGCAGGAGUAGAACAGAAUUGAUUUAUAUACAGAAACAUGUAUGGGAAAUGUUUCCAUGGGAAUUUUGUCAGUUGUUUACUUAGAUGGGCAUUGCUGCUGCUCAGUGGGGGUUUAGGUUUAAGGGAACACUUCAAGCAAAAUAACUACAGCCUGCAGUAGUGGUUAUCUGGCCAUGAGUGCCCUGACACCAUCCAUGCUGGGUAGUCAAACCAUUUUACUACUGUUUACAAGGUUCUCCAUCCCCUGCUUUUUUGUCUUCACCAGUCUUCUAGUAGGUCCAUGCAGGUCUUGCAUCAGCCAGGUUUUACUCUGCAGUGACAUCUGUUUUCUCCUCCAGUGGUGGUAUUAUUUAUACAAUUUAAAGGACCACUUUAAGAAACUGCUAUGUUUAUGAAUGGGUUAAGCCUUCCCUUUCUCAUUGACAGCCACUAGAGGCGCUUGCGUGCUUCUCACUGUGAUUUUCACAGUGAGAGCACGCAAGCGUCCAUAGGAAAGCAUUAUGAAUGCUUUCCUAUGUGACCGGCUGAAUGCGCGCGCAGCUCUUGCCGCGCGUGCGCAUUCAGCCGACAGGGAGCAGAGAAGGAGGAUCGGAGGAGGAGAGCUCCCCGCCAAGCGCUGGAAAAAGGUAAGUUUUAACCCCUUUCCCCUUUCCAGAGCCGGGCGGGAGGGGGUCCCUGAGGGUGGGGGCACCGUCAGGGCACUAUAGUGCCAGGAAAACGAGUAUGUUUUCCCUGCACUAUAGUGGUCCUUUAAGUUAAUGUGCAGCCUUCUAGAAUUUUUGGCAGUUUUUAAGGGGUUCCUCCAAGCAUCAUAACCACUACAGCCAGAUGGGAGAAGUAGCUUUAUGAUGGAAGAAGUAUCACGGUGACGUUCCCCAGUAAUAGACAAAACUGUUUUGCAAAAGUUUACCUAUAUGCUACGAGGUGGUGAGCAGAAACCAUGAGCAGAAAAUAUGGUGGCAGAAACCAUAUUUUGAUCCUACAGCUUAUUCUGGGCCAUUCCGGGCUGGCUGAUGACACCGCUCUAGGUAAAGUUACACAUCCAGCAGCAAAAUAAAAUAUGUAUGGGCAGCAUUUUCAUAUUGAAAGACUGCAUGUACAGUCUCCAAGCACCAUGACCACUUUAAAACACUGAUGUGGUCAUGAUGUUUGGAGUAACCCUAAUGCUUAAAUAAAAUAAUGCAUUUAAAAUGGGGGGUCACUGCCAGGGAGUUUUUUUUUUUCAUUACGUAUGUCUAAGAUACUGCAUCAUGACUUCCUUUCUGCGCUGUCUUUCAUAAAAAAAAAUGUGAAGUGACGGGGGCAGGAGCGGGGGAGGGAGAAAAGUGCAAAAAAACAAACAAAAAAAAAAAUACUGUUUUACAUUUUCAAGGCUACUUAAAAUCCCCUAUCUUGGCAAACAAUUAAAGGGAUUCGGUUACACCAGAUGGCCAUAUUGUGUUAAGCCCGCCACUACGUCACAGUGUCCCAAUAUCGGUGGGUUCUACACUGAUUUUAUCAUGGGAGAUUAACAUGCUAACUGCAAUACUUACUGCUUUAACUGCUUCCAGAGACUCUCCUUAAAUUUAUGCUUUAAAAUUUCAAAGCAUAAAUUUGAGGAGAGUCUCUGGACUCGCUAAUAUUGGUGUUAUUUUGAUGUAGUGGUGGUCUUAACACAAUAUUGCCGUGUGGUGGAACUGAAUCUCCAUAUUUGUUUGCCAAGGUAGGUGAUUUUGAGUAGCCUUGUAAAAUGUAAAACACUAUAUUUUAGUGUGUGUGCGGUAAUUUUUUCCUAGUUUGUUGCAAAAUUGGAAGCGCUUCAGACUAGGUUUUUUGCCUUUUUUUGGAUCAACAGCAAAAACAUAUGUGAGGAAGGCUGAACUUAAUCUGUAUUUUGUGCUGUCUUUCAGUCAUUCUGUGUAACCGUACAAUUUUUCGCUUAACUUUUUGCUAUUAACAGAAAGAAAUUAAAGGUAACUUUAUACGGGAGCUACUCGUCGGAUAUUUGCCGUCUAUUGUUAUCACAGCUGCAAACGUUAUUCUUCCUAUUGUCUUCAAUAUUAUCAUCACAUUUGAGAAGCACACACUGAACUGGCAAAUCAGACUUACUCUAAUCAGGUAUAUAAAACCUGGGUUACUUUUCCAAUACACCGUAUAUACUUAAAACAGGCUUGUGUAUCUCCAGGCUUUCCUGUUUUUAUAUAGCUACUACUCUCAAUAUGUUUUAAACAAUAACUGAAAUUACGGGGGGGAGAUCCAAUGUCUACCCACCACACAUGGGGGGAUACCACUGAAUCCCGUCACCUAUACUGUGCUCCCUAACAGGGGUAACACUAAGAUAACUAAAUAGAAAUAAGAGAAUCCCAGUACUCCCCCCAAAUAAGGUGAGUAGUGGGGAGGGAGCGCAGCAAAACAAAAUAGUAGCGAAAGAAAAAGGAAACCUUAUAUUUUAUUAAGAACUAAUAGAAAUAGGCAGAAAAUAGCUAAAAAAUAAAAUAAUUACCAGUUGAGUCUGAGGGAUAAAGAAAAAAAAAGUGGACAAUAUCCAUCUAUAGGCAGGUAAGUGCCUUUACAUAACAGUAAGGUUGCAGGACAAAUAUGAGGGACGUGGGUAGAAACAACCUCAAACAAUCAUCCUGUGUUUCCCAACCCAACAAGUACUUAACCGUGUGAAUCCAAUAGAUGAAACACUGAUAGGUACAGUUAUAUCCUACAAUGCCACAACGCAGGAGAAACUCCAGUCAUAGACCCUCAAAAUUGGAAGGGGUGAGAAAAGAAUUCCCCAAAAAACCCUGAAAAUGACUAGAGAUCAAUAAUAUAUUGCAAGAGGAGUCAAUCUAAUCAGUGUAUCCCACCUUGAAUCACGAAAGUACUAGUUUUCAGGCAUAUGGGAAUCCGGGGAACCAACACAGGGAAUAAAUGCCUAUAAUCUCCCUAAUUACCUCGGCACCGCACAAGGCUCGUGCCUACCUGCACCAAAUGUCCCACAGACUACAAGCAAAAUAAAGUCCCCAUAGUGCUACCCAUAAAGUGUCAAAUGAAAAAAAGUGACAAAAAAGCGCCCAAAUAUGCUCAGCCAAAAAACAACUGAUAGGACCUUGAGUUCCUUGUAGUAAACAGACCAGUGUCAUGAUACCUAUUUAAAGACAGUUUAUAUUGUGGUGAAAUGUGGCGUUGAGUGGGUGGAGCUACACCUCAGGGAAAUUGCCCUUACCCCCACUUUCUCAUAGAGUUCUACCAUGAUUAAAGUGUACAGAAGUACUUGCAGUUUAAUGGGAAAAUGUGAAACAUGGAUAUAUACCACUAUAGGAGAGCACAACAAUCUCUUCAUUAACACAUAAAUAUUGAAUAGUAAAAUACAUUAGAUGGUUUGUAUCUACAUACUGAAUAUGCAAACAUAAAUAUAAAUAUAGCAAUGCAUGCAUACCAGCCAUUGAAACCAUUCAAAGCAAGACGUUGUCAAGAGAUAUAGAUAUAUAAAAAGGCCGUGAGAUUUGGAGAAGGUCCAUGAAAUUUAGACAUGUGCAGAGUCCCUGAGGUGCAUUGAUACAGAUAUCGAGAGGCAUAACAUUCAAUAUACAAAGAUUCAGAAUGUAUGAAAAUACGUAUAUAUAUAUAUAUAUAUAUGUUAUACGAGAUAUGAAGUAACAUAGGCCAUGAGAUGUGGACACAGAAAAAUGAGCUGUACAUUUAUAAAUAAACAAGGACCAUGCGAUAUGAUAAUGGUGAAGAGUUAAAGUAAAUAGAAAUAAAGAGGCCAAAAUUAUUGUGAAAUAAAGAUAUGAAGAUCAUGAAAUGCAGUGUUCUAAACAACAGGACUUAAAUAAAAAUAGUGAGAUCUAAAGAAAAAGUCAUAAAAAAUAUACAGAAACGCUUAAGGCAAGAUAUAAGAGUACAGAGGUCAUGCAGUAAGGGAUGUAGAUGUAUAUUAAUGAAUAGGAAGCUGCUAUUCAAAGAGUAUAGGAUAUUAGGAUCAAGAGAUAAAAAUUGCAUUUUAGACGGGGACAGUCAUAAAGUAUAGAGGUACAGAGAUCAAUAUUCCUAGAUGGAUUUUAUUCACUCUUGCAGAAGCGUAUUCCUUCGCCUGGCUAGUCUGGGGAUGCUGCUUUACUCUCUUUGGGACAAUAUCACCUGUAGCGGGAAUAUAGAGGAUUCCAGUUGCAAAACCUGUGGAUACAACUCUAGUUUAUACAAAGUAAGUUCACUUGUUUGCUUUCAAUGUAUUUCCUCUGAGUUCAAUUAAUGACAACAUUCUAUCUUACUGAUUACCACAUGGGAGGGAUUGCGCUUAUCCUAAGUCUAUUUCAAAGAAUGAUCUCUAUCAGAGGCAUAACUUGAAAUCACGGGGCACCGGUGCAAAAAUUGCCCUGGGGCCCCCCACCAUGCCACUCCCUGUGUCACAUUCCACAUUCACGCCACCAAGGCCCUCCAUGUGUCUCAUUCAUGCUCCACAGUGUGAAUGUUGCAUGGUUGGGGGGGAUAAGUAUGACAGAAUUGCAGGGGUUAAUGUGAUAUGGUGAGAAUGGCAGGGUGAAAGGGGUGAGUGUGACAAGUGAUGGAGAAUGAGUGUGACUGGGUUGGGGGGUUAAGUGUGAUAGGGUGAGUAUGGCAUAUUGAUAACAGGUGAGUAUGGCAUGGGUGAGUGACAGGAUUGGGUACAUCACUGUGCGUGUGGCAUAAUGAAGGGGGGUGACCGUGUGUAUGGGGGUGACAGAUACACAGGUGGAUUCACUGACACACUUGCUGAUAAACAGACACACAUACAGAUACAGAAGCACAUAUACACACAAUGACACACAUGCAAAUACACAGACAAACAAACACGCAGACACAGACACACAUGCAGAUACACAGACACAAUUACUGACAAACAUUGAGAUACAUAGAAUGACACUCAUACAGAUACAAACAGUGACACACAUACAGAUACAUAGGUGCACACACAGACACACAUGCAGGUUCACAGACACACAUGCAGACAAACAGAUACACAUAUACAGAUAAACAUACAGAUACAAAUACAGAUAUACAGAUACACAUACAGACAGAUACACACACAUAUAGACACAAAUACACAAACUAUAAAAAAAAAAAUUUUUGUCACCCUCCUGUUUCCUACCUUUUAGGUGCAGGAAGGUGACAUCCCUGGGGUCCAGUUGCUGGCUUAGGUGGAUGGGAGUCAGAGCUCCCACUCUGAUAGGUCAUCCUCCCGCGCGGCGCUCUCCUUCUCCUCCUGCGCUUGGUAAUUUGCUUGGAGGAAGUGACAAAUAUUCGGAUGAAUAUUCCCAGGCCUUUCUCGUGAAAAGUAACACUUGCCUGUCAGAGCAUUCUACUGAGAUCUCAAAGUGUAGGAAAACAUUUUCCCUGCCUGCAAGCUCACUCUGCACAGAGCCCUCACAGGGUUCGCAUGAAUUUAGUUUUGUUGCGUGGGCUGUUUUAUUUUUUUCGUUGAGUUUCUGAAGGUAAGUAUGUUUUUUUUAAACUUUUUUUUUUACAGGUACUUGAUUUAUAGCAGCCCUCCUCCCCAAAGUAUGGUACCCAGAUAGGUUUUAGGUGACAGGUGCUAAUAGAUCCUAGUACAUAGGUAUUUCCAUUCCUAUCUGGGGCAUAUGGGAAGGGGACAGCCUUCUAAGUGGUGUUUUAGGUGUGGUUUUGUUGUUGUUGUUGCUGUUUUAGUGUUUUGUAUUGUAUAGUAACAUUGAAUAAAGCCAUUUAUUUUAUAGCUUAAGUGUGCACCUCCUGAUACUUUGUCUUUGGUUAUAUAUUCUUCUCUGGUUGCCCUGUUAAUCAGAGGUAGCUGCAAGGUUUUCUAUAUACAUGUUGUAUUGUCAGUGGAAUAUUAAAAAGCAAUGUAUAUUUUUUAAUAUUGUUUGGUAUAAAGCUAUUGCUGCCUUCUACUUUUCCUUUGCAAUACAACACGUUUUAUUUAAUAUGACGUAUGUAUCUCUAUAUUUUAGUGCUGGGAGACCCGUAUUGGACAGGAGAUGUACAAGCUGAUGAUUUUUGACUUCUUGACUGUGUUGGUUGUCAUUUUACUAGUGGAUUUCCCUCGAAAGUAAGUGAUUUAUCAUUGACUUCAUCUCAUCUAGAUUAUGAAUUCCUUAUUUAAUGAUAAACGUUGCAUCUGUUAUUCGUUUAAAGGGACACUCCUUAUCCCUAAAGCACUUUAGCUUCCUGAAAUGCUUUAUGUGAGAAUAGUGUGUCCUCUUUUUUCAAUUUACAAAAAGUACAGAUUUUAAAAGAAAUUGGCAAACAUAAUAUAAAAUAAUAUCCGUAAGUAUUACUUUACUGAGAGGGUAGUGGAUGCAUGGAAUAGCCUUCCAGCUGAAGUGGUAGAGGUUAACACAGUAAAGGAGUUUAAGCAUGCGUGGGAUAGGCAUAAGGCUAUCCUAACUAUAAGAUAAGGCUAGGGACUAAUGAAAGUAUUUAGAAAAUUGGGCAGACUAGAUGGGCCGAAUGGCUCUUAUCUGCCGUCACAUUCUAUGUUUCUAUGUUUCUAUGAGUGAUUUUAAAAAUUUUUUUAUUUUGGCAUGAAGUGUCCAUUUAAGUAUAGUUGCAUGAUAGCUAUCAUUUUAGGAGAAUACUAGCUAUAUAAUGUAUCUGUUUUGUAUCUCAUUGUAGAGCUUUAACUGAAAACAGGGUAUAAAGGCAAGCUAAUACUAUGGGGAUCUGAUUCCUACAUGUAUAAUGUCUCAAGUACCCAGAGAGCUAUCCUGACAUGUGUGACCCAAAAAUAAUGCUGGUACAUUUGAGAUCAAUGGUUAAUUUCAAUAUGUUGGUCUCCAGACGUGAAGCUUAGACUUUUUGAAUAUAUACCUUGUAUACCUUUGUUUUUGUUUGUUUUUUAAAGUAAUACUCUACAUGAAAAAAAAAAAAAAUAACAAUAACUUUUUAUGACAUAUACCCCAAUAAAAACAUGUUUUUUUAAUUAAAUUAUAUCUAAAAACAUUUUGUAAAAGCUACAGCUCUUAUGACUGCAACCUUUGCAAGACGCCCCCAUUUUUAGCCUGUCCCUUGGGAAAUGACCAAUUAGUGGCUUCUCAUUGACAAGUGGACUUGUAGUGGUUAUAGUGCUUGAAGUGUUUAUUAAUUUGUUUAUUUUUAUUCUGCUUGCUGCUGUGCACACUGGCAAUUAUGUAUGUGGAUAUGAGCAUGGUAUUGUCUAACAAAUUGGCCACAAUAACAUAUGUACAGGAGCAGAAUGAAAAUAUAUCACAGAUUUACAAAAAAAAAAAAAGAAACAGACAUAAUAUUUUCUGUAUUGAAUAAAACACAAUAAAGUGCAAAAACUCACAAGUAUAGAGCUAAAGGUCCUUUAACAAAAAAAGGUCCAAAAGUAAGCAGACACGUUUUGACUCCUCAGGGAGUCUUCCUCAGUGCUGAUUGGUGUCCCGGACACCUGUUUGUUCCUAUUUUGUUUUGUAGAUCUUGAUUAACUUUCAUCCUGCUCCUGUACAUGUUUCCCCGAAAAUAAGACAUCCUAAUAUAAGCCCUACCCCAAAAAUAAGCCCUAGUUGUUCGAUAAUCUAUGUUCAGGGGAUUUUCCCUAAACAUAGCUUUGCAGGAUUCCAUUCGGGAGUAAGCUUAUCUAUGUUCGGGGAAAGACGGUAUAUAUUUUGUGUGCUCACUGAAAGGUGUAAUUCUUUGAUUUAUUGUGCACAUGUUGAAUUAAGGUGACAGGAAAAAUUAAUUUUAUUACACCCACAUACAAGACACAUUUAUAAGAAACGCCAACACACCUCAUUCUCUGAUUUUUCAAAAGUGGCCAUAGUGUUUAUCAGGAUGAAUGGCGAAUCCCAAUCAUUGAGAAGUCCUGAAAAAGAGAUAAUAUAGUGCAAGGAAUACAAAGCUGUAUUCCUUACACCUUUACUUCCCUCUGUUCCCCCUCACUUACGCCCCCCUCAGAACUGUAAGGGUUAAAAAAAACAUUACUAUACUCUCUCGAUUCCAGCACCGUCGGUCAGCAUUCCUCCUACUUUGGUGUCAUCCUUGCCAAGCGCAUUAGGCCCUCCCCAUAGUAAAAGAAUAGCUGCAAUGCUUUCCUAUGGGAUUUUUUCUGCUGCUGGACCAAAAGCAGUAAGCAGUAAGCAGGAAGUGCCUCUAGUGGCUGUUUGAUUGACAGCCACAAGAGGCAGUCUUAGUCCUGCAAGGUAAUCAUUGCAGUUUCUCUAAAACUGUGAAAAUUUACAUUGGAGGAAUAAAGGGAUCAGGGACACUGCACCCAGGCCACUUCUGUAAACUGAAGUGGUCUGGGUGCAUAUAGUGUCCCUUUAAUAAACCACUGGUAGCAGGAUAUGACCAGGUGUUGAAAGGGAUUUUCAGAACUAGGUAUAUGUUCUGAAGGCUAGUGAAUGAUAAAAUAAGCAUUUGUCAUUAAACAAAUUGAUAUUUAAACACAUAAAAAAAUAAGUAAAGGAGUAUCUACCUGAAUAUAUAAUAUUUUAUAAGACAUGCUGUCUUCUCAUUACAGACUGAUGGUUGAUCACUGCUCGUGCAAGCUUAUCCAACUAUGGGGACAGCAGGAGUUUUUGGUCCCACAGUUUGUUCUGGAUAUUAUCUAUGGACAGACAGUCUGCUGGAUUGGAAUUUUUUUUUGCCCUCUGCUUUCUCUUCUCAACACUAUCAAGUAUUUUAUCAUAUUCUAUAUGAAAAAGGUAAGGAUAUGUAUCAAAUAUAUGGACUAAAAAGAGAAUAAUUUCUAUGUGUGAUGGUCGAAAGUCAUCCAUUAAUUAGAUGAUGGAUUUUAAAAGGAAACCCCAGUCUGUGACACCCUUUCCCUCAAGGCAUUACAUAGAUAGAUCAUACAUAAACAUAUUAAAAUAUGCAAAAUCAUAUAAAGAAGAAGAAAGCUGCAGUAGUUGACAAUACACACCCACAUAUGGAAGAGGCUCCUCCACUCAGGCAUUCUCUUAUUCUUUGUUUUUUUCUUGUUAUAUGUUUAUAGGGUGUUAGUGAGAUACCUUUUGGCUAGCUCUUGUUUUAUACUAAGUGAUUUCUUUGUAGAAAUUCUCUUAUUCUAGUCUGAAUGGUCUGAUUUUAUCUCAAACACUUCUGUCCAGCAUAUGCAUGUGAGGUGUGUUGUUGCAGUUACACUUAUCACGUAGGACAAGAGAUAGAUGUACAAUUCGUAUUUCAUCUGAAUUCAUCCCUUUGGAAGAGUUCGAAUUGACAGAAACCGAAAUGAACCAAAAGCUAAUAAAUUCUGUACUAAUCAAAACAAAUGAUUUUGGAUCUAUUUGUUUUUUUCAAUAGGAUAACAAAUUAAGGGCAUAUCUAGUAAGUGACUGAAAGAACAAAAUUAAGAAAAAAGAGCUUUUGUUAAUUUUGCUCUUUUAGCUAUUUAGUAGAUAUCUCCCUAAUUUGGUAUCCUUACGUGGUCUUGUCAUAAUUAAGUGUACCAAAUGUGGGUGCUGUUUAACAGACAGCUCCCUCAUUUAGUACUUGGUAGGUAUGCUUAUGAUAAUCCCAUGUAAGAAUAGCAAUUAAGGAGGAUACCUGCUAAAUAGCUGAAAGAGCAUGAUUAAAAAAAGGAUUUUUCAUAAUUUUGAUCUGUCGGCUAUUUAGUAGAUACCUCCCUAAUCUCCCUAAUCCCCUAUCUUGUGUAUUUCAUAUACAUUUCCACUAGUGUAGACAUGUAUAAGAUAUAAUAUUAUCAGUGGUCCAUUCUAUUGGUCUUGUGAUUUCUCACACCUUUUAUUUUUUAAAUAAAAACUUAGUCUUAGCUCAGAAACACCCCACAAAAUGUGUCUUACUGAGGCUCUGAAGGUCAAAUAUUUAUUGUGUUUUUUUUUUUUUUUUUACUUUUUGCAGUUGACACUUUUUACCAACUGCCGUCCUGCCGAACGAGCGUUUCGAUCUUCAAGUGCAAACUUCUUUUUCCUAUUGGUGCUCCUUUUGGGUCUGGCUUUAUCUUGGGUGCCAGUCUUGUAUAGUAUAUUUGUGUAAGUAUUUCUUGAGAUGAUAUGGGAACGCUGAAUGUGCAACAUGAUAAGAUCGACGAAGGUGAUUUUUAAUUGCUGCUCCAGAGACUUCUAAACUUUGACACUGGAAAUGAGAAAUUAUAGUUCACAACAGCCAGAGUGAAGAAGUCUAGCUUUUACUGUAUUAGCUUAUAGCAAAAGAUGCAAAGUGAUGAAUACACCUUGUUUAAAAAAAAGGAUAUAAAUAUGUAUGAACUAGUUCACAGUUUAUGAAACCAAAACAUAUAAAAACAAAAUAGUAGAGCCAAUAGUUGAAAACAUUGAUUAAACGUAGAACAAUAUAAGGAACACAUAUGUAUAUGUUCAAGUGGGUUUAUCUUAAUCACACUAAUAGUUUCCUUGGAUCUGGCUCUUUUUUUAUUUGAUUUGAUGUUUGGAGAUUGUGGCAGUAACUGCCCCUGGCUUGAUCAUCAUUCUGGAUCAGCAGGACCACUAGGAUAGUGCAGCAUUGAGGUGGAUAGUAUAGAACAAAAUUGUAAGGUAAAGUCCAGAAGUGCCCAAACCUUAGAUCUCCAGAUGUUAUAGAACCCACAGUUUUUAGAAUGGUAAGACAUCAUGGUAGUUGAAAUUUUAACGUAUCUGAGGAUCUAGCUUUAGGCUAGCUCUGGUCUACACUUUAUCUAGUCACCAUUCAACCAUUCACCAUGAUAACAUAACUACUGCAAAGCAGACUUCAGCCAUUAGGUAAGAUGCACAAAAGCCACUUGGGAAACAACUUCAUGUAGAAGAAGUCAGCGGUGCACUCAAAUGCCCAUCGAUUUAGUAAAAUGUCCAUACCAUCAUAUAUACACUAAUAGUCAACCCUUUUCUACCUACCGCCCACUAAUGCAUCUUUUUGGUUGAAAAAAUUUCCUUACCGCCCACCAGUUUUUGCGCAAGUGCGGAAUAUUUUUUAGAAAGGAGGGUGUUUUAAAAAAAAAAAAUAAAUAAAUGUACAUACAUUUAUCUUUUAAUUUCUACUUAAUGCUUAAUGUUUUUAACUUUAUAAAGUUUAAUGAGAAAACAAUAAAGUAAAUUGAAAUUACCUUUACUAGUGAUUAAUGAGAUCCUUGAGGUUGAUGCUGUUUCGUAAGGAACAAACGAAGGUCUCCUCUUUCGGUGAUAUUCAGACGACUUCUCUGUUUGCGCAUAAUAUGAUUUCUCAUCUGUGCGUCAACUCCCCUCCUCUCCCUCCUCAAUUCCCCUCCCCGCCUUUUUUUUUUUUAUAGCAAUGCCCAGUAGGAAGGCUGAGCUAGGUAUCCCACUUACUAUUACUUACUAUAGCCCACUAUAACAGACACUAUAACAGACAGGCACACAUACAUACAUACAUACAGACACACACACAAGACACCCAUACAUACAGACAGACAGGCACACACAUACAUACAGACACACACACAAGACACAUACAUACAAACAGACAGGCUCACAUACAUACAGACACACACACAGACAUGCAUACAGACACACACAUACAAAGACACACACAUAAGACAUACAUACAAAGACACAUACACACAUACAGACAGACACAAGACACACAUUCAUACAAAGACACAUACACACACAACACAUACAUACAAAGACAAGACACACAUACAUACACACAUAUAUACAGACACACACACACAAGACACAUACAAAGACACAUACAUAAGACACACAUACAUACACACACAUACAGACACAUAUAUAGAUAGAGACCGCCGGCUCGCAUGCCCACCCAGUCUCUCCAAAUGAGGAAAUCCCUACCGCCCACCUGGAAUCCUGAAACGCCCACUAGUGGGUGGUAGGGACCCGGUUGACAACCCAUGAUCUAACAGAUCUGGCCUACAGCAAGAAACAAAGCAUGAAUUAUUGGAUUUGGCGUUUUUCUUUAUUUUUUUAUUAACAUUAAGCAUCCUUUGUCAUGCAGCAUUAAACCUUCGGCAGCAUGUGGACCAUUCCGGGGUCAGCAGACCAUAUGGGAAACAAUCCCUACAGUGGUAAAAGGUUUUCCUCAAGCCGCAGAUGAAUUCUUUGUGUUUAUUGGCUCGCAGGCAUUUGUGAUCCCUUUAUUUUUAGCAUCGUGGUAAGAAUAUUACAUUGUUUGAAAGUAAAAACGGAAUUCACUUAACUACACGUAAAAUUCUGUCUCGUUGUAAUACUUGUUUCCUUUCUUGUUCUUGGCAAUGAUGAAGCAUUUUGAUGUUCUACCUCAUGGCACUGAGCAGCUCAUAUGGGAAACUUGUGAAUAUGUUGAAGGAUCAACUGCAAAUGGUAAUCCAAAUGUAAUCAAAUGGGUUCGGUAUCCAUUUCUGAUAGUCUGUUACUAAGUAAAUUGUAGUGAUGGCUGUGGAGAUGAUUUUAUCUGUAUUGUCAUGGUUAACCAUUGCCUAUACUGGAGGUCAAUCAGUAGAUGCCUUUACAAACUGAGGAUUUUUUUGUCUCUUCAGAGACACAAAUAGAAGUCGUUUCAGUGAUACUUUGCAUUCUUUUAUCAACGGCAAAAGUUUUAUUUUUACUAAAUUCGCAGCUAUAUUCCUUCUCCAUUUCUUCUCCACAUCAAGAGCCAUAUUGUCCCCCACCCACAGCCGUUAUCCAACUUCAAAGUCAUAACCCCCAAGCCAAAUGUCUCCGCUUUCCACUUACAUGAAUUCCUCAAAAUAGAUAUUAUCUCCAUGAUUCCCAGCCUUUUAUUUGCAUGGCACUAUGAAGGGUUUGUUCAUCGAGUUGGUGGGAUAUAGAGAAAUACUCCCUCGAUAGGUUUCCUCACACAAACCGCUGACUGAUGCAAUGUAGCAGAAAAACAAACUGUUUUCUGCAUCUCCCCAUAUAAAAAUACCACCAAAAUGGAAAGCUGUGAGACAUACUAUGGCCAUCUGCUUUACACAUCCUGCUGACCCACAGAUACCAUAGGUAGUGACCAGCAUCAUUAAAUAUAAUGAUAAUAAACACAAAUAGAAAAAAAUAUAUAAUAAUUACAAAGCAGGUAAUUAGCAUGCUGAAAAUGGAAUAAAUAGCUGACAGAAUGGCACACUGUAAAUUGGACACACAGAAAACCUGACAUGUAGGUAUAAGACAUCUAUGCCACAGAAAACCCUGCACAGCAGGGGCUUCUGGGAAAUGUGCAAGUCCUUAUAUGUUUCCUAACCUUUCUUUCUCUCCCUAAUGGAAGUAAGAAACAAUUGAGAAAAGUUAGGGUGUAAGUAGGUUUGCUGUAACAGGGUACCAGGCAUCGCACAAUAAAAUCAGGAUAUUGCAUGUUUUUUUAAAUGUAUUAUUGCGCUGCACCUUCCGUUUUACUUUAAAUUUAAGACUCAUGCUAUGUUGAGUGGGAUAAAUGAGAUAUUUGUUUAAUGUGUUAUCAUUUCAUCUCUUUCAGGAGAGAAGCCGAAAAAUGUUUCUAAAUCAAGUAAAGUAAACUAAUGAUGUUACAAAAGUCAAAAACAGAAAUGUCAUUACUGUCCUGGGUGAUAUUUUUAACCAUAUUUAUUACUGUCCCAGAUGAUAUUUUUAGCCAUAUAAUGUGUAUUAUGCCAAAGAAAUGCUAUUAUCAUUGUUGCUGACUUUUCUAUUACAAAUCAGUGAAGAAGAAAAAGAUGACGCAGCAUGUAUUUUAUUUUAUUAACUUUAAAGAAUUUCUUUUAAAAAAAUGUGAUAUAUGGUAAUACUGUGAAAUGAUUCCGCAUAUGAAAGAGGCUAUUAAAGGAUCACUAUAGGGUCAGGAACACAAACAUGUAUUCCUGACCCUAUAGUGUUUAAACAACCAUCUAGCCCCCGUGGGCACCUCAUGCCUCCAUAAAUAUAGUAAAAAUCUUACUGUAUUCAAGCCUGAAGCUGUAACUCUGCAUGCUAUUAGAAUCAAAAAAACAAGCAGUCUGCUGACAUCAUCAGAAGUGGUAGCCUUAUCCAAUCACAGUGCUUCCCCAUAGGAUUGGCUGAGACUGACAAAGAGGCAGAUCAGGGGCAGAGCCAGCAUGAUUCAAACACAGCCCUGGCCAAUCAGCAUCUCCUCAUAGAGAUGAAUUGAAUCAGUGAAUCUCUAUGAGGUAAGUUCAGUGUCUGCAUGCAGAGGGAGGAGACACUGAAUGUUUGGAUGCAUUUUAGGCAGCCAUGACCCAGGAAGGAUCUCUAACAGCCAUCUGAGGAGUGGCCAGUGAAGUUAUUACUAGGCUGUAAUGUAAACAGUGCAUUUUCUCUAAAAAGACAGUGUUUACAGCAAAAAGCCUGAAGGUAAUGAGUCUACUCACCAGAACAAAUUAAAUAAACUGUAGUUGUUCUGGUGACUAUAGUGUCCCUUUAAAUAUGUAGGCACAUACAAUUAUUCAGCAAAAUAAAAGGUGAAGAUGUGCAUUUAGUACAUUUGUUCUCCAUACUUACAGAUAAAUAAGAUAGCUAAUCUGUGUGCAUGUUUGUAUUUUUAUUUUUUGUCAAGAGACAUUCAGACACUGUCAUUUGGUGAAGUCUAAAUAUGGUGGGGUUCUGCACCCCAACUUGUUGAGCUCUACCCCUAUAAUGCCAUGAGAUGCCAUGGCCUUUUUCAAAGCCAUUCUGCAUCUCUAAAUGUGUAACUUGAAGUGCAGUUAAAGGGUUUCCCCAUGGUUUCUCAUGCAUAGCGUGAGGACGGGCAGCGUCAUUUAGGUAACUAAAAUUAACCUAAAGACCCAGAAGUCCCUCUAGACUGCCACUAGAGGAGUAGUUAACCCUAGCAGGUAUUUAUUGCAGUUUAUUAAAAACUUCAAUAAUUACAUGCUCAGGGUUAAGAGUGAUGGGACACUGCACCCAGACCACUUCAAUGAGCUGAAGUGGCCUGGGUGCCUAUAGUGUCCCUUUAAGUGGAUACAAGUGCACUGUACUCAAAAUAAUGUUGGUUAAUCAAAAUCCAAGCACUUUGCUUCUAGUUAUUGUAUUUUUUUGUUUUACUUAUAAUGUUUAAUGUUUCUACUGUACUGAAAUUCUUGGUUUAUGUUGCAUUGCAAUGUUUGACUUCGAUGUUCCAUUUUAUAGAUAUAUAUAUAAAACAUGAAACCAAAAGGAGGAUUUUAUUAAUUUGUAUACAGACAAGAUGAUGUUACAGUACUAGUACUUUUAUAAACAUUUUAUAUUUAUUAAAAAUAAUUAGAGCUUCAAGAGUUUAAGAUUUUUAAGGUUUUUAUUUGUUGGUCCGAUUACUGUUUAUGCAUUAAUUUGCUGUUUACAUAAUUUGUGACAUCAUCUGAACACUGUGACAUGUAGAAGUUUUAAUAUAUUACACACUAUAAUCCAAAAUUAUUUUUGUACUAAUGUGGACUCUGUAAAUGUUGUAAACAUUUAAAUUAAAUCUCUG